GGACUACACUGAUGGAGACCGGUGGUGGGAGUGUCCGCGUGGGGAACAGAGCUUCCUCGCUCUUUACGCGCGCGCGCAGUCUCGAGCGGUGCUGAAAUGUUUUCAUUCUGAACUUAAAGGGUCGACAGAGCAGCACGCGGACGAGCGAGACGCAGGAGAGGCAGGAACCGUUUCACGUCCUCUGUUUUCCCGUCCUCGUUGUUGUUAUUUUCUUCUCCCGGUGUAAUGUCAGCGUGUCGGGCUGUGUCGGUGCUCCUGUGCGCCGGGUUGUUUGCGGUGACCGGUGCCCGCAGGAGUUCACCGGAGCAGGAGGAUGUUCAAGAGAAAAUCAACAGCGCGAGAUGCACGUCCAGGUGCCUCACUCUGCACAUGACCCAGCUAACCGCCGCCUUCAGACACUUACAGGUACCUACAUCUACUCUGUUCCCUUUUUGAGGAGUUUUUACUGUCACCCAGGUCACCCAGUGAGCACUUUUAAAGCCAUUAACUCUCAUGAGUGAGCAUGCUUAAAGUAGCUGCUUCUUAAAACCCAGUCUUAUCACAUUAACUCAUGAGCUAGCCUUCAUUCAUAGGCCACAAAAGGCCAUGUAAGAGUUUUAUCUUUCAUUAUUCAGUUUAUAAGCUUGAAUUCAGUUAUUGGCAUCAUACUGUAUCUCACACUUUUAUGAGUCUUCACUCAUGUUAAGAGGGAUAAUUGUGUCAGUGAUACCACACACUGCAUUGUUGUAUGGAAGCCUAAUGGGGACAUACUUCAACGCAUUUUAAUGAGUCCAUUUUCCUGUGAUAACCAUCGCUUAAAUUGGCAAAAACAAAAGCAAGUACUCCCUUUUUUUCACCUAUUGGCAUGUGAGUCUGAGUUAGAAAUUUGUCUAGAAGUAUUUCCAAAUUUCUAAAUCUUUUUGCACCCUUAAGGGGCCAGGCCAACAUUGCUGUUGUCCUCUUUUUAUUCCUCAUUUAACUGGCAAAUUCUCAUAAAUUUGGUGUUGUUUUCUGGCAAAAACGCAUGUGAGCUUCAUAUCAUUGAUCAUUAUGUCAUGUGCCAUAAGGUCAUGUCUUUCAUUAGCUAUCACCAAGAGAAACCUCAAAGAUUUAAAGCUGGUAAGAAGUCCUGGUUUGAAGAAAAAGUCCUGGCAUGCUGGUUUAGAAGAGGUGGCACUGUUACAGAGUGAACCAGCCCACUAAGACUGUUGACUGUUGUUUGUGGCCUCGUACAACUGCUUCCUUUGCCAGGUCUUAGUUGCAAAAGCGGGACUCUCUAGUUGAAUAAAUGUGAAAUGAAUGAAUAGAUAAUCAAAAUGCUGGUGAUGAUCAAGGUUUUCCAGCUGUUUUGUGUAUCCAAUGAUCUCAAUUUAACAAUUUGGCUCUUCCAUUUCAUUGGAUUAAUUUAACUUUUAGUUGUAGUUUGUUGAGAAGGCUUGUUUUUUUGUUAUAAUGGGAUUCAUUUCUGCAGAUCUGGAAGACAGAACAAUAGGCUGGUCUCUGGGAUUGGCCAGACCAUGACAUGCUACCAUGCUGCCGUUGCCCACUACGCCUUUUACUACUUUGAUUUGUUUAUUCUGUUGCAACUCUUACAGCACAAGUGAAACUGAAUUAAGGUGCCGUCACAAGUCUCAGUGGAUUUUAGGACAAGUUUGAGUUCAUGAAAAACAUCUUUUAAUUUUUAUUAUUUGCUGUAGUGAAGGAUCAAAACCCAGUCUUGAUGUGCAGUCAGAUUGAAUGUAAAUAAAACCCCGGAUUCACAUACACCUGUGAUCACCAGUCACUGCAGUUCCUCUUUCAUGUGUUGUAUUAAAGCUGGUCUUAACAGAGACAAUCUCAACCUCAUACCAGUGAAGUCAAACCUGCUGAAUCAGCCGAAUAAAAGCCCAGUGAAGCUCUUACCGCCUUAAUUAUUAAUCAAAGGAAACAGAGAGAUCUGGCUUUAAACAGUGUGUUGUUUCCCACAUGGUUUUCAUAAGACAGUUUUGGACAAAUUUGGCAUUCCCCGGAUAUCUCUUUGUCAGUAAUCAGAGGGCCAGAGGUACCCUUAAAAACACUGUUAGUAGUUGACUCAUCUCUGUGAAACUGCUGGCCCAUGCUCUGAAGCCUUUGUAGUGAGGAAUGUGAGAUUAACGGGGACAUUAGGACGUUACCAAGUUCGAAAAGCCACUUAUCGUUAACGGCUUCAACAUGUGCAUGCUGUGUAGUGGGUGGGAAAGUCAUUAACCGCAGAGUUUAGCCCCAGUGGCUCUGAGGUGUGUAGAAGAAAGAGUGUGCACAUAAGCCUGUGUGUGUUUGUGUGUUUGCAUAUGGUCGCGUAUAAAGUGAAAGUUCGGUCUGGUCCUCGUCCAUCCAGAAAAGACCUCCGCCACCUGUGCAUCGAGUAAUGAGGGUGGCCUCUGGAUGACUCUCUUGCAUUGUAACGUGUGACUCUUAAUGCGUAUGUGUGUGUAAGUUUAGUGGGGUUUCUGGAUGGAGGUGUGAGAAAGGGAACAUUUGGUUUAAACUUUUAUGAAGUGGGGAGCAGUAGUCAGAUGUUGAGCAUCAAACAGCAGCGAUGGAAACAAGGCUCAGACGGGGAGGUUGUAAAAGUGGCAGGUAUCCAUUUUCUACCUGCAGUGAGCAAAUGCUGCAUUUCUCCUUGGCUGUUUAAUAAGAAUUUUGUCAUUUUCAUCAGAGGUCUGCUUUUACUUUUGGGGUUCUGAAUGCUGGUACCUUUGUGCAGAAAACACACCUGUUCAGAAAUUGUAUCCCAAACAAGGAAAACAAAACAUUUAUUUAUCCAACUUAGUUCAUUGAUAUAUUUUUUAGCCAUAUGUGACAAAUAUCCGAUUUUUUAAAUGUAAAUAUGAACAGUGCACAUCUGAUUUUUACGAAUCCGACCCAGGCCUCUUUUGUAUGUGGAUAUUUAUUGGAUAUGUAUCUGAUGUGACUGCAGUGUGGACGCUCAGGUCGCGUUCAUCCGACCUAUACGUCAUCAAUAUGCGACAAAUAUCACCAUUGUUUGACAACACAAACAGUCACGCCUGCUUUGUGCACAUGCGGGUCACUUCAUGGACACAUUCUGUUCACAUUAGAUGCCUCAUCUGUUGUUGUAAUGUGAACGAUUGCACAAAAAAAUCGGAUUUAACAAAAAAUCCGAAUUGUGCAUCAUAACCUGCAGUGUGAAUGUAGCCUUAGUUUGUCUUUACAUAUAAACUGCUGAUUGUACUUAUAGUCAAUGGUGAUUUUUAAGACUCAACUCACUCGUUGUUUCUUAAUAUAAAGGAUCUGUUUUGUUCAUGUCAUUGACAUAUAUGUUUCCCAGUGAAUAACUUUACUGAGGACAACUCAUCAGCAACUUAUCUGGCAAUUGAUAUUCAUAAAAAACACAAUAUUAAGAAAUCAAUUAUUUUCAAGCAAUAUAAACAAAAAGGCUUGUUGUAGGGGUGUGUGAUAUGAUCAAAAACUCAUAUUGUUAUAGAGUCCAUUAGUUAUAGAGGCUUUUGAGACCAUUAAUAUAGGUAAAAAUGAUAUAUGUCAUUAGUGCACUAAUGUAUAGAUGCUAUACGUUAGAGUAUGGAGUGAUCAUGAGUUUCUGAAUCACAGUACGCACAGUUUGCUCAUUUUAAGUUUUGUUUGUUUAAUUUUGUUGUAGAUGAUUUUAAAGGCUGUCAGUAUUAACAGGCUCAAUAUGAGGUCUGCAUACAAUCUUGCCCCUGUAGUUAAGCUACCCCCGACGUCUUCCUGACUUAAAUAACUGGAUUAAAAGUAUUGUCACCACUGCACUUUGAAAUGAUAAUUUUCAGUUUGAAAAACUCUUUGACAAGUCUUUGUGUCAAAUGGAAUUAAAAUAUUACAGAAAUACUUAAAGGCUAAGCAUAUGGUGCAAGUGUUUGGACAGAUGUCAGUCUGCUUGCCCCCUAUUUCCUCAGACUGCACAGUCUUUUUGUCUUUUAUGAUGGUCACUAUGUCCGACAGGGUGAUUACAGAGCCAUAAAUUUUCGCUGUGAACAGACAGACAUGACGGAGUACAUGUACAUGCACCACAAGUACACGACCAUUCGUCAUAACAGACAUGCUGAAGAGAGGUUGGGCCAAAUGACACCAUGUUAACUGCAGUUACUGACAAGUUUACUGUAGUUUUUUUCCAUCUGCUUACAUUUCCCCUGUUUCAGUCUGUUGUGAUUGUCACUUGAUGAUCAUAGAGGCACGGAUGUUUGUUGCUACAGCUCAACAAACUUUUCCUCAGUCUCAUCGUCCCAGCACAAACUUCAUCAUUCCUCUUUCAUGUUUCUAUUUUGUUUGUUUAUGCUUAUUACUUUCAGUCUUCACAGCUCCUUGUGCUCUCGUCUUACAACAUCACCUGCAUGAGGGAACAAAUUGUAGAAAGCAACAAGAAAAAUCAAACAUGUCAGACUUUCUGUGGAGAAGUUGUGAGGGAUCCCAGAUGUGUGUUUGAUUGCUGUUGAUGAUGGCACAUUACACAAGAUGAAACUAUCAAUUUUUAAGGUUGACAGGCCCUGACACCUUACAUCUGCUGGAUUCGACUAUAUUCAUGUCAAUAAAAUUUAGUCUGAGCCCAGCAGUAGUGUACUUUGGUAGAGACUUGAAAGAGUCAAAUAAAUAUAAUAAAGCCAAAAACUACUUUAUUGAUCAGACUUCAGCUGUGUAAAAACGUUACAGAGCAAGACAGACAUAUGUGGACAAGAUGAGUGUUCAGCUUUCCAAAGGAAACAGAUUAGAUUCAUUGGAGCAUCUAUAGAAAAGCAAGAAAUACUGAUUGGUCGACCUGCAUUUUAUAUACCAGGAUAAUAAGAACUGACUGAUACCUUUAUAGUUAGACAUUUGUUAGAAUUACUAUUGUUGUCUUAUAUUUGGGAUUAAUUUUGGAACUUUUUGCCUCCAUUAAUAAGGACAGCCUGAGAGAGAUUAUACAUGAUCAAUGCGAUGAGAUUUGUAGCAUCUAUACAUGGGUUUGCAGUAGGGCUGGGACGAUAUGCUUUUCUUCAGAUUCAAUUCUUCAAUUUUUUGGAUGCUGAUUUGAUUUAAAUUGCGAUUUUACAAUAUUGUUGAUUUUCUCAAUUUUUAGUCUCCAUUUUUAACACCAGUGAAACAGUUGAAUAAUUCUGAUUGUCUUCUGACUAUUUCAGGAACCAUAUUUCCCCAAAAAAUACACAUCACAUGUAAGUUAGUUUUUAGGAUUUAUUCUUAAAGUUGAAAAAAAAAAUCGAUUUAAAAAUAAAUUUAAAAAUUGUAAAACAAAAAAUCGCGAUACUUAUGUGAAUCGAUUGUUUCUCCCAACCCUAGUUUCCAAUAGUGCCUUUAUUUUGCAUUGUUGUUAUGGACUUAAAAUACAAGAAUAACAGCAAAAAUUAACACGCAAUCAAAAUUUAGAUCAGUUGCGAUCAACUGAUGAAAUUCAAAGAUUUGCUAGGACCCUAUACUCUAUCUUUUAUACGCCCAUAUUGGCCUGAUUGUAUAACUAUUAUGCUGGUUGGAUUCUGUAAGACAGGCUUCUUCCCUGUGGUCCGGGACGUCCUGAAAAAAAAAAAGCCAGUUUAGUGAAUGAAGUGGUACUAAAAUCUUUUUAUGUGACACCAAAGUCAAAGACCUCUAAACUUGAAGCAAACAAAGAAACGAGUUUCCCUCCAGAGCCACAUCCUGGGAAACAACGUCACUCCCUGAAUUUAUCAAAGAAUCAGAGAUGGGAAACUCUGUGUGUUCAUGCAUUCAUUCAUUUAUCCAACAUAAAUAAAACCCUUUGAUAGCAGCUCCAGUAACUAUAACAUCAGUGACAGCAAAUAGGUCUUCACUCAUCCUGUUCUGUCACCACACGCAGACACAAACACACACACAUCGCUUCCUCUGGCUUCAUGUGGGUGAACCCUGUGUUUUUGGCUCCGUCUCCCUCAGUGUGUGUGCGGCUAGUGUGCAGCCACUAGAAUGUGACUCACCAGUUUUCUAUUUACACCUCUCUCUCUCUGCAGCUUCUCUGGGUUUUCCACUACUUUCCCUUGUAUGGAGUAAUAGUGUAAUUAUAGUCCUUUGUGUGUGUUUGUGUGCACACAAGCACAUAUAUACUGGUAUGUUGUCAUAUUCCCAAAUUCCUCCUUGAUGCAAACUCCUAAAAAUAAGGACAAGGCAGCAGCCUUUGCCUGCAGAGCUGGAUCUUUCUGCACAUACGUAGUUAAUCAGAUUAGACUGCGUGUCUUAAACACUCACAGGUCUGUGGUGAUGAUGAGCGGAUGGUGAGCGGUGCGAGCCAGUUCUUAGUGCCAGCGCGAGGCUGAAUGAGCCGCCUGUGCAUUCAUGUUUACAUGUGUGUGCGCGUGUGUGUGUGUCCCAGCUGCUCUGCGGUAGGUAACUCUAAUCAGCCCAGAGGUCGGCCAGCCAACUGGUCACGCUCUGAAAAAGACCAGAGACAACGGGCAGGUCGGGUUGCACAGAGAAAGACAGACAGGGAGAUAAAGGCAGGUAGAUCUCCCCAGCCAAGCACAUAGACUGGUAGAGGAGAUGGUGAGACGGGUAAGGAGGCAGGUGUUACAAAUGCUAUAAAUGGACUGACAUGCAUGUAGACAGGCAGAAGGGUGGGCACCUCAGGAGACAAAGACUUGAUUGAUUCCCCUCAGAGAUAAAGCCUCUGACUCUCUCUGCUGCUUUGUGACUAUGCUGUCAUUCGAUCAGUAGAACCAGGGAUAGCUGGUGAUAAAAAUGUGGCCGCGUAGGAGUCAGUCUCACCUGAAACCAGAAAAAAAAAAUUCCAAGACAGUAAAUCACAGCUGGGAUGGCAGAGCGCUGAGUAGCUUUACUUUGUUCUUUGAGCUGCAGAAAGAGAGAUAGAUAGAAAUUCCACCACCACAUCAAAACCAUGACGUUAUUCUAUAUCUGAUACUUGAGCAACUAAAUCUACAUCUAUUUAAGAGAAGGUGAAGUUACCGCCAGGAGCCAGACAUUUCAGGCUAUAAAAAACCUGGGAAACAAAAGGGAAAGGCUAACCUUCCCCUGAGUAAAGUAACAAAUCUGCACCCCUAAAGGUGUGUCCAGACCAAGAGGGGAAAGUGUGGAAAAAGGAUUUACAAACCUGUUUCUUUGCACAAACUUGUGUGACACUGUGCCAAGGAAUCUUGUCAUUUUUAAGCUUUUUCUGACACCCUUAGAUUGCUUUGAAAUGGUCGAUCAAACCCACUUUGAACAUUGUCUGCUUGUCUUGCAAACAGGCCAGUAAAAGUGUUUAUUUCUACUCUAUAAAUCUGCGUCUUGUGUAGUUAAGCUGGCGACCCCUCUGACUGUUUUACAGCAAUUAAAACUCGGUACAAUUUGUGUAACUUGGAUUACUGCUGCGGUGAGCCUGAUUGCAGCCACUAUCAGAUUUGCUAGUCACAGUAAAUCUGCUUCUCACAGAAAAUCCUCCCAAGCUGGAAAGAAACUCAAGUUGUUGGUUUAAAGUGGAAAAAUCCUGGUCAAGUGAAGCCUGAUUUAGCUAACAGCUCAUCAAACUCAGCACAGGUCAACAAAGCAGCAAUAAAAGCCCUGAAACUAACUGAGUGAUGUUACAGACCCAGGUAUGACAACAUUUGACUUACCCGCUUUAACGUGUGGGAGUAAUCCACAGAUUUAAAAGAUAAACAUGGAUGUUUUUCAGUGAAGUCACCUGUUUGUUCCCGAAGAAGCACAAUGGAGCCCAAAGAUGUUGCCAUAUUGGAAAUGCUGAUUCCAACUUCUCUAGAAAUCUGUAGAGAUGUUGAAAUGGACCUUUAGUACUUUUUAAGGAUGUUGCAAAGCUUUGGUCAGACUUAGAACAGAGUAUUCAUUUUUCUAAGUGGCACUAAUGAAACAAUCAAAUAUAUGAAAACACAUUUUCUCACAUACUGUAUAAAUUACGCAUGAAAUUUAGGACAUUUUUCUUCAAGUUUGUUCUCAGUGCUGUCUGCCUGGUAUCCUACUAUUUGUAUUUAAUGCAUAGACCAUGUCACAGAACAACAGUUUUAAUAGAUCGUAAACAUUGGUUAUUAAAUGGGCUGUAGACACUGUGAUAUAAACACAGACUUGACAAAAUUAUAGCUGGAAAUUGUGUUUAAUUCUGACUGCUGCGUUUGCUGUUGGGUGCUAAUUCGAGAGCUGCAGCACAGGUUGAGGUCUCUGAGCACAGUGUGGAAAAAUGAAACAGUAAACUUCAGUAGACUUGAUCACGACCUUAAAACUGGACCAUCAGGAACCAGUUUGUAUGACACUUUGUGGUCCAGGUGGCUAUGGACUGGUGCAUUCAGAUCUUGGUUACUGAUUUGGAUCAGUGAGUCUAGUAAUUAUUCAUUAGUGUGUGCAUCCAAAUACACACAAUGGAUGAUCUAUCAUAGAGCCCCUCCUUCAGUUACAGCUGCUGGUAUCUUAAAUUUGAGCUUUAAGAACCAGUUUAUUGACCAAAACACUGAACUGUUGGGACGUGUUUGUUUCUCCUCGUGUGAUUUUUCCACACCUUUGGGCUUGAAGCCACGUCGCUGUCAGAGGUGAACCAGAACGACAAAACCAAUACCAACAUUACAUUCAGAUGAAGUAAGAUUCAAGAGCGUGUAAUGACCGCUUUGUUGUGAUGCUUGUUGUUUACAGGAUGUGCGCACCGCAAACACUGACGUUAACACACAUGCACACACACGCACAGAAACACACUCACACACAUAAACCAAUUAAGGGCUUCUGUCUGGAAAGUUUCGACCUCAACACGGGCUUUUUUGGAAAAACUUUAUAUUCCACUGAGUGGAAGUUAGUCAUGAUACGCUCACCACACACUUACACUAACAGCACGCACACACACACACACACACACACACACACACACACACACACACACACACACACACUGUAACUGUGUUUGCUUCUGGUCAUCUGGGUGUGAUUAGCAGAGUUAAUGCGUCGUGUUAAAUAGACUUUCUACUGCACCUCACCACAAACACUGACCACAACACACACACACUGUCCAUCUCUCUUACACACACACACACACACACACACACACACACUCACUUUUUAUCGCUGCAUCUGGCCAAAGCGUGAUUUAUAUCUCACUCUCUUUCAAACACUGAAGGGUGUCUGCAGCUGUGCGCGUGCACGAGGGACAUGCAUGUGGUUCUGUAUGUGUGUGUGUGUGUGUGUGUGCGUGUGUGGUUGUUUCCCUGCCUCUUUCCUGUUGUUGCAUCAAGUAAUAUCAGGUUGUUAUUUUUUAACACUGAUUACUGUGGACCCAGCGUUCACCAGGACCAUGUGGAAGUCCUUCGCUCUAAGUGUUCCUCUCACUCCGAGGGUCAGCUUUGUUUUUGACGGGUCUCUCGUGUCUCAAGCUCAGGAAAAAAUUUCUCUUUUCCAUCCCAGGGUAGAAAAAGAGUUUAAUACCAUGUGCUUUUAAGUGUUGCUAUGUAAUCCAGCCAUAUGGAAAUCCAUCAUUAAAAUGAAUUCUCUGCUGUUUUAUGUUCUCGUCGUAUUUCAUAAGCCGGGUUGAAGUGAGACUCUCUUGAUAGUUCUCAUGCAAGGUGCCUUGUGAGCGAUUGCAUGAUGAUUUUAUUCAUCCAUGAUCCAUAAAUUACCCAAAGACGGUCUUAUUUACAUUGAAUUUAAUGUUUUUGAAUUAAUAAAACUUCACCCUACACCCUUCUCCAUCAGCAGAAGUGCAACAAAACAUGGUUUUCACAUUAUAAAAUGUUCUUCCACUAAGGAUGAAAACACACUAUUAAAAGUUGGCGUCUCAUUAUUAAAAUAAGCCUCGGGCCAGAUGAACAGCAGUCACCAAAAUUUAUUACGUCCUGUUCCAUAACUAGUAUCCACUUCUCCCCGCCAGUGUCCUCCCAGCUCCUAUUAACUAAUAUUUAUUUCCAUCUUUCACCUCCUUUUGUCCGCCUCCCUCUGCUCUUUUCAACUUCCUCCCUCACUCCCAUUUCCUCUCUGUCUCCCACAUCCAACUUCUUUUCUCCUCUUCAAACCACCUUCUUCCAAUCCUCCCUUUCUUUUCCCAUCCUUCUCUGCAGCUGUUUUUGCUGCAGGCGCACACACACAUUUUGAGACUCCCCUAAACCCCACUUUGACCACUGUUUAAUAGCCACACGGCACACAGGCCGGUCGAACUGGCCUUGAUUGUUUCUGACAGCAAGUAUGUCCCAUGAAAUCGACUUGCAGGAAUUGUGCCUGCGCGCAUGUGCGUUUAUGUUGCAGAGGGAGCUGAAGGAGAGUGACAGAAGAGGGAGGAGGUUUUGGCAAAAGAGGAUAGAGAGAAAGAAAGUGUGAAAAAGAUUAAGAGAGGGGAUGAAGAUGUGAGGCCAGCGGGGGGGAAAGCAGCUUUGUAUCUCCUCAAAGGAAAUCUGGAGAUGCUUAACUGGUCUUCAGUUCUUUGAGUAAAGCAUCAGUAGUUGAUCAUCGAUGCGGCUCUUCAGUCCUCUCCAUUCUUAUCCAGAGAAGAUGACAGGAGGCCAGUCUGAACGGAUAGGAGCAGGUUGAAGAAGAUGAAAUGUGAAGUUUGUGUAUGAUUUGGACGGUGAAAUCUGUUUUUCUUCUCCUAAAUGAAGGCAGAUUCAGAAUCAGUAUUCAAACUCUUAUGUGUAAAUAAGUAUAACAGAAGGAUGGCGCGUUGAGGGGAAACCUUGACGGAGAAUCUCAGAGGCUGACCACGAAGAACAACAUUACCAGAUCAAAAAUAUGUUUUACUGGAUGCCUUGGAGACUGGGGGAGUGGGAAUAUUCUGAAGGAGUUUGAGAAGUCAUGAGGGCUGUGAUUUAGAUUUGAUUAGGAUUAAUUUGGAUAUGAUUAGCAUUCAGAACCAUUUUGUGUCAUAUCAGUCAGCUACAGCAGUGAAAUGAGUUUGGAAAAUGACCUCACUCACUGUAAUGGGUCUUAAAAACAUAGAAAAACCUAUAUUUGAUUACUUCAAAAACCAAACCCAACGUUCACAAACUUAACGUCAUUUUUCGGUUUUAUUUAUGGCAUUGAAAAUACAUCUUUUUUGGGGGUUCUGUUUUUUGAGGUCAUACAGGGACAUUUUAUUUAUCAAAAUGACAGAGAAGUUUUCAACAUAAAUAAACCAGAUAGCAACGCAGCUGUAUGACUUUGUUGUUCAAACACCUACUCAUAAAAUCCAACCAGUCCAGGUACACUCAUGCUGGUGGAUGGAGAGAAUUUGUCCCAAAAGCUGAUUAAGUGAAUGCAAAAAACUGAAUCUCUUCAUCUCUAAAAAGCUCCAUGAUGGAGGACUGACUAAAACCAGUAUGUUGCUGCACUAAAUCAACUCAAAGGUAGCUUGUAGAGUUUUUGACCUGACUUGAUCCCACGCACAGUUACCUCCAUGUUUUCACAUCAGUGGUGAUCAUUUCAGGGCCACAGAGAGUAGCAAAGACCCAAUAGUGAGUUGCGGCUGUAGACAGUGCAGGUUGGAAAUAUACAUACUGCACAUGUAAACUGGGGCUGCACAAUAAAUUACGAGUUUAUUCAUAUCAUGCUGUGAACACAAUGCAAAAAUCUUGAUUCGACAAUAUAACUAGCUUUCUUCCAAAUGUUGCAACCCACUAACCACAGACGAUAGUUCUGGGAUCGUCCUUUCUAUUUCUCAGAGUCUGGCAUGUACAGCGGGGCUUCGGGGGCGGAGCUUGGAGUUGUGAUGUAUGAAAUUUCACUGUAUCUGAACCUGCUGUUUAGGUCUGCCAGAGAUACACAGUGAAUGUAUGCAAAAAUACUCAGAAACGCAAUUUUGCACUUAUUUUUUCUCAUGAUAUGUCCUGUAGCAUCAGAAAAAUGCCAUAUAAACAUGAUUUUCAUCGGAGCGGGUCUUUAAUGCUCAACUUGUUUCCUCCUCCUUCUCUCAUUUACCUCUAAAAAUAGUCAUUUUCAGGAGCAGAUAUUAUCUCUUUCAAAAUCAAUGGCACAGAUUACAGUUCGGAUCAAUUCUCACUUACUGUAGCCUGUGUGGACUUGCGUCAAACCUCCAUCCUUGCACUCCUCCUGCAUCCUCUUGGAAAACUGCACCUCUCCUCCGCUGCUAACAGCUGGAAAACUGAGGCAACGGUUUGCAGCUGCGGCAGCAGAAAUGGACAACAGGGAGAGCAUGAGAGGAAUGACACAAACAAAUUUGUGGAGAACUUGGAGCACUGACCGUUUUCACACAUAUUUUCGACUUUUUUGUUCCUUCAGAGAGCGGGUGUGACUGUCAGUUUGUCAAAUUUCCAUAAAUUGCAAGGGGCAGGUUUCAUCAUGGUGGAGUCGGAGAGAAGUUAACCCCUCAGCUUUAUUUUAAGAGUGUGUCUUAAUCUCUCCCUCACCUGACUGGGAUCCUUCUAGCUGCAACAUUCAGCAUCUGUGCGGUCUUUAAAAGGGAAUAAAUCCUCCACUUCAUACAUCAAAGUCUAAUUCAGCUCCUUUAGCAGCUAUUUAACCACAGUAGUCAAUAUGCAUCUGUUAAAAUGUGAAUGAGUCAAUUCAGCAUCUUCUGUACCGUGAAAGCCCUUAACCCCUAAUCUCUGACCUUUGACCUGUGCACUGUUACCCCAACUCUAACCCCUUAACCCUCGUCAGAACAGAAGCACAAAGGCUACCUAAAGAUGUGUGUGUGUGUGUGUGUGUGUGUGUGUGUGUGUGUGUGUGUGUGUGUGUGAGAGGAAAAGAGGUGAGCUUGGUUCAGGCUAAAUACAGCACAGUCAGGAAAAGGCUUAUGAGUCGUUAAGACGGCUUAUCCCACACACACACACACACACACACACACACACACACACACACACACACACACACACACACACAGAGGGAAGCUUCCUGGAGACACACACAUGGCAACAGACAGAUACACAGAUGCACACGCACCACAGUAUUAUAAUAGUUGUUUUGAUGUUGGAUGAUGACACCGUGAUUAUGCAGAUGAUGAUGAUGAUAAAGCAUUUCAGAGGGAAGAGCAGCAGUUUCCACAAUGACUGAAGGACUGUUUUACCAAAGCUGGUCUAGAAAGGACAGAAAGAGUUUCCAGUCUGUGUUUAAAGCACCAGAAAGAUCCAAAAUUAUAGAAAAAUUCAGCUAAUUGAACAGAAAACAUCAGACUGAGACGCUUGUGUAAUAUCUGGUCACACUCUUGACCAGUGUCUUGACUUAAGGUUAACACAGUGGUAUCUGUUUUUCCCUGAGACUGUGCCAAACACACAUGUAGUUCCUGUGACGGCUCUCAUUAGUCUCUGCUGGGCUAUUUGGAGCCUAAUAAUAGCAGUUACUAUAUUGCAAAUAUCAACACAAUCUAAAUUUUGGUUAAUAAGGCAAGCUACCAGAUACCAUGUGCCCGCCUGCCAGCCAAGCCCCUGAUUCAGUUUAAUUAUGUAAACCAUAGACUGUAUAUAAUAUGGACAACUUGGUUCCGCCUUCCGCCUGUAUACGGAUUUGAAGCUGAAAAGCUCUCAGUAUUUCGUGAUUUUUCUCCAUUUCCUGAAACCAACAUUGCGCAGUAGCGUUGUGUGCAUUUGGCGGGAGAGUCGCUGUGUUGACGCUGGGCUGAAACAGCGUAUCCCCCGGGGGAGCUACGCAAUCUUUGUACACCCAUAAGUGUCAAUCAUAGAAAACAUGAACCCCCUAACAACUUUUAAAAACGGAGCUGUAAAGAAAAAAGAGGACUUAAGCACAAACCAGUAUUACUGUCAACAUUGCAACCAGGGGGGAGAAAAAUUUAUAUUCUGUGUAAUAAAUUUCUACAGUUUGUCCAAAGCUCCAUGAGCUUUGCUGGAGGAGGCAGGAUUUAUGACCUACACUGCAGCCCGUCACCAGAGGGUGCUGUUCUCGGAGUGGCUUCGCAAAGAGAGGGGGCAAAUGGCGUCCAUUCUAUAUACAGUCUAUGUGUAAAACUUGUAAACCAAAUAGGACUGUUGAUUAAUUAACAUUCGCGAUUUACAAAAAUGAAAAUGAAAAUUUCCUCAUCGUUGGUGCCUCCACCUCAGAGAAUCAAAAGUGAUAUAAAUGAAUGAAGAAGAAAACCUGAUAGACCCCUACAAUGAGUUUCUGCUUGUGGUAAUAUGUAGAAAAGUAUGAAAUAACUUCUUAAUUAAAAACAGUGAUAAAUAAUCUGUUUAUGUUUAGAAAUACUUAGUUUAACAGGUCGUAUCUUUCCAACACCUGCAGCAGUUAAGGAGUUAUUUCGAUGGUAGAAAAGAGCAGCAGUGGGGUUGGAGUGGUUUGGUUAAUCUGAAUUUCUGUGCCUGUGGUCAUGAAGUGACGUCUCCCUCUGUCAUGGUGGUUUCUCAGACAUGUUUACCGGUGGUCUUGACUCACGUAGCAAUAGCUGCAAACACAUUAAAACACUCACACAUAAACAUACAUCCCACCGGCUGAACUGUCUGCUUCAGCAGCCACAGGCACAGUGUGUUCAGUCAUUUUGCGCCUCGAUGAUAAUUAUGUAAAUAAAGUGAAAGGUUAAGUAUGAGUCUCUCUGCAUGUCAGGGUUUCUCUGGUUUUGCAGUUUGGUGGAUGACCUUCUAUUAACAAUAUUUUGCUUUCCGUGUCCUUGUACCUUGAACAGCAUUUCCACAUGAAUAGGUCAAAUGCAGACGUUGCGUCAAACGCAGGUUUUUUUCUGUAAAAGGUGCUUUUAUUUUGUGCAGUUGAUUUAAUCCUCUUCCUCUUUUUCUCCUCCAGAGUGACCAAGUUCUGGUUUGGUGUGAAAACCACAGACGCUGCGCACAGGUAAGUACACAGCCUGCACAAUUUCCUGAUGACCUUCCCAAAUAUAAAUCAGUGCUACUCACUCUCAGAUACUCGUAAUAACCCGGGCAUAAUCCUCAAACUAAAUCUUGGGCUAAACUGUGUGUGUGUUUGUUCUCUUUUGCUGAAAUAGCACCUCUCUCGCUGGUUGUUUUAUACGGAAAAAGCUCUGACAGCAUGAAACUUCUGUUUAUUUCACUUUCCUGGUGAAAGUAAAUAUAGCUGGUGAAAAUAAAUAGGCUGCAGUAAAUCUCAAACAACAACAUGUGAGAAGUGAUAAGGGCUGAAUUUCUAAUGCAUUCAAGCACACCCAUGAAGAAAAAGACCAGUGCUCCUGCGGGGGUCAGGGAUUUCACUAAAAUACCUCACAGCUACAGCAUUGAUUUAAACCAAAUAUGUCAGGUUUUUUUGCAAAUAAAAAAGUAUGAGGACUGUGAUACUUCUUCUCAGGCUUUGUGAACAGUUUUUUGUCCAGUAAAAGGACUCUGAUGAUAUAUCAAUCAAAACAUAGCUAUGCCCCUUUUUUAAUGUGUAAGAAUCAGGUCUGAAAAAGUAAAAUAAAACCUACAGUUAAUUUAAUCAGAAUCGCCUUUAUUGUCAUUGUAAAAACAUCACAAUGAGAUUUGGGUGCACCUCCAAAGUGCUUUCCAGGUAGAUAAAAACACGAUAAAUAAUUAAUAGAUAAAUAUAUGUACAACUAGGUAAAAAGACCUGUGUAAAAUGUAGUAAAUAUAUAAAAAGAGGGUAGGAACUGCACAAAAAUCUGAUUUCCACCCAGUAACCAGCUGGUGUUUUGGAGCUCCCACUGUUCAGUGUAUCUUGCAGUUCCACAAACUUUGCAUGCCUCUGCUUUAGAUAAGUGCAUGAAUUAGUUUAAGUGCUGCCUCUAAAUGCUGCAGAUUUGGCAGAGCUGAACUCUCACAUUGACUUGAACUUUCAGGCCUCGUGAGAUCAUUGACAGUUCUCUAAAGUAAUCAGCCAAGUUAAAUUAAGAAUAGAUUGAUAGUUUUACACAAUGUCCUAAACCAAGUUUUCCAGUUUGAGCUGACCUUUUUGAAUUUUAGGUUGGGACAGAGUAUAUCCUGGGGUUUAUAUCAGGUAUUUGAACAGAAAUUUUAAACCGCCAUUCCUCCUUAAAGGUAAAAAAAAACCCGCACACAUGCAUUGCUCAGGUCUUUUUUUUUUGGACAUAUUUUUAAUAAAACUUUUUCUUGCAAAGCAGAUACAACAAAUACAACAUAAAACAAAACGGUGCACAGAAUACAGACACUGAAGCCUGACAGGGGAAGAUAAAUAAAAUACAAUAAAUAAAUGCUUAAAAAAUAAAUUAGUAAAAAUAACAGUGAAAGUAAUUAAAAAAGAUAAUAAUAACAGAGACAAUUUUCAGGAAGUUCAAGGAGGACAGAAUAACAUACUCAAAUUUAAAAGCAUACCAGGCUAUGGCUCUGCAUGUUUUCCCCAGGCCAGAUCUACAAGCGCUGACCUCAUCCUACGAGAUGCAGUGGUACCUAGGUAGUCCAGAAAUAGAUCCCAAGUCCAAUAGAAUAGAAAGGGUUUGUCCUUCAAUGCUGUGGAGAAGGCAUCAAAUGGAAUAAUACUAGUCACACUUUGUUUCCACUGAUCGAGAGUGGGAGCUUUAUCCGUGAUCCAUACGGCCAUGAUACAUUUCUGGGCGCAGUGCAGAAGAAUGUGCAGAAGGUGUCUAUUGCGAAGAUCAUGCAUUGCUCAGGUUGCCUGGUUAUAGACAAUUUGGUCUACAUUUUCUAAGUUUAAAUACAACCAAAGUGUGUCAAAAUAGGUCUGGGUAGUAGAGCAUUAAAACAUUCUGACAGUAACCCCGUCUGGAGCUGAGAUACAGCGUAUCACAGACAGUUUAGGACUUCAGUUUUAAAGAUUCAAAUUGAUUUAACCAACAGGCAACUCUUGUGUGCCAAUUAACAAUGGUAAUGACAAUUAAUAAAGGGCAGAUGAUUCAAAAUGUUGAAAAUACAACACGAGUUAAAGUUGAACAGUCUGAAACCCUUUUUGUCUUUUAACUCUCAGUGUAGCUUUGGACAAUAAAAACAUCCAGACACAACAAUCUCUACAGCGCACAAUUGUUGCUCUCUCAGUCCAUCUCCUGAAGCACAGAGACAGAACGAGGGUCCGUCCCUUCCUCUCCUUGUUGAUGAAAUCUUCACACUCACCACACCACUGCUGUUAUAGCAAAGGUUAUGUUUUUAGUUCAAAUGACCUCCUCACACUGGAGCAGAAAAUUACCCCCUGUUUAUUCACUUAACACCGCCUGCCAGGAGGCUUCACUGUGUGUAUGUGUACAUCUAAAUGUGUGUGUGUGUGUUAAUUCAUUGUUUGAUUUAAGAGGAGUUUCCAUUCUGUGUGUAUUUUUAGCUGCCAGUCCGUCCAUUUCUGCAGCAGCUUGUUUGAGCGUUCUGGACAUAAUCGUCUGUACUUUAAGACCUCUGGUUCACCUCGGACACACUGACAGGACAACAUGGGCCUCCACAUCUUAAAGCAAAUUAUCAAAUCUUGAAAAGAGCAGAUGCUAAAUGGAAAUGCAGAAAUGACGAAGCCUUAUAGUCUGUAAAAUGUCCUUUCACUUUACUUUUAUUCACAGACCUUAACUCACUCAAUAUUAAUGACUUCUUGAAAGUUCCUGUCUGGUUUCUAAUUGAUGUGUUUUCUGAACUCCCUGUUCAGGUUCAGGCUUAUUUAAAAGCCUCGUCUCAGCUGAAAGCACACCUGAGUCAUAUUUUACUUCUUGCAACAUUGCCAAGCUUUUCCUGAGAAUUCACACGAUGGACGGAUAAGGGGAAAGGCGAGAGACAGGCGUGCGAGAGGGAGCGUAUAUCAGUAGUUUGUGUAUGUUGAGGUCAACUGGGGUUAAUGUCAACAACAGCCAGGUCUACCCCUGUUUUCCUCAAAAACUCUAAAACAUCAGACGUCAACUCUCUGCUUCUCCCAACAUAAACACAAACACACACGCAGCCUUUAACCUCCAAACUUAUCUGCAUCCUUUCUUUCCUUCCGUCUCUCCCUUCCUUUGUUUCUAUUCCUGAUGUUUAUAGUUUUACAAAAAAAGCAGGGUGAAUGAGAACAGAAAAUAUUUUCUACUUCAAACCCAUGUCCAAACUUUAUCACCCUGGCUUUGCGCCUUGUUCUCGCUAAUGUGUGAAUACCAGUGUGGCACUCGAAAUCAGCCAAUGGGGGCUCGAGACUGCAUAAACCACAACUUUUCCCUCUCAGACAGCCUGAUACUGCACAGACAUGCUCAGUCUCUUCUUGGUUGUUAUUAAUUUUACCAUUUUACAGUCUGUUGAAUGUGGCCACAGCCCAAUUUGUAAAAGUCACCACGGCAGGCCAACAAAAAUAAAUUAGUACAGAAAAGCACAUAUCCCAGUCCUGAGCCAUAAUUGUCAAGAUUCAUCACAAUAAUGAAUUGUACAGCUGAGAGGGUUCAGGACUGUUAAUGCUCCUGAGGUAUGUACAGGAAAUCUGGAGAUGAUAGGAGCUGUUUAUUAUGUUUUUAUUGAUUAUUCACCUCCAGAGCAUUAAGAGAAAAGCUCAGUACACUUUGUCACUGUUUCGUUAAUGAAUACUCCCAGGUUUCUGCUGCACUUUAUUUGAAUAAUUCUGCACUUAUCCCAGACAAAUAUUUAAUAAAAGGAAGUAACUCUGAUCCCUAAGGGUUAUGAAGCACUACAGAGACAAUAAAGAGUAUUGUUUCAAAAAUUUUAUUUACGUUAGUGGAGGAGCCGUUAUGUCAUUUUGUUGGCGCACCCCUCUCACACUGACAUGAGGGGUUUUUCGACGAUACAGUUUGAGUGGCUUUUGGGGUUCUUAAACUAUUCUCCCAGCGCAACCAUUAAGCUGUGGUUUUGUGUCAAACUUCAACACCUCUUUGAUUGAUCGACGUGAGAUUGUAUACACCUCGUCUCAACAGAUUGUAAUAACUUUACAGCUUCCUGAGUUCUCAUUAAGCAUCAUCCUCAAGUCAAAACAUGACUUUUCCAGGACUUUGGGCUCUGGCCAAAUUCCUUCAAACCUCUGACAGUCACACCGGCUGCAGCUUCACUAAGUGUGUAGGGCUAAUAGGCAAAUACAAUAAUGUUAACACACGCAGUAAGAUGAUGAAGAAUGUCAAUAUUAGAGCAGUUAAGAAUCAGUGUGUAAGUAUUAGCAUUUUAAAGCCAGAGAAAAAUCUGAUUUAUUCUAAAUGGGAAAGUGAUAGUGACACAGUUUAGCCUCUUUUACGCCUCUGUAUUUCACACAGCUUACUGAGUAAUGAGUUGAAUCAAAAACAUAUUUGACAGCCUAUUGGCUAACAUUAGACCGCAGCUAAAACUAGCAGCUGGUCACUUCCUGGUAGGAAAAAGAAAAAUCACACAGAAUGGAAAAGGAGAUAAUUUCACACAAGCAUAGAGCACAGAGCUUUCAUAGAUGACUACUCUGGAAGUGUUAAUGUUUGUUUGUGUGUAUUUUUACAUCAUGUUAGUUCUCCAAUACAAUAUUAUGCACAAUACAGUGUGUGUGUCUUUUUUAUCCUUUUAAAUUCUCUUUUUCCCUUAAUCUUGAUAAUAUCAUUUGCCAAAAAUUUGAUUUGUUCAAAGAAAAUUGCUGGUUUACAUGUAAGAUUCCUCAUGUCAUGAUUAGGGUAAGUCCGCAGGUGUUAUGGAGCACUCACUCCAAGCACGAGUAAAAUCAUCUACUCGCUUAAUUCGCGCGAAUAUAGACGUGUGAGUGAAUAGUAUUUACUGUCUUCAUUCAUUCAACGGUAAAUUCAGUGGUAAUCCCUGCCAGUUCAACUGGCGGGAUCAAGUGAUAGACAAGGGUUUUUUACAAUUUACCAGGUAAUCUGACCUCCUCACUCACUUGCCUUCAGGUGAGCUCCUUUUUAUUGUGGUUUUGGUAAUUGAAAGACAAGGUAUUCGGGGCACCCACACACUGACACGAUCAGUUUGCCCUCCAUUUAAGAUACCAGUGAACAACCAUCCGUUGUCAUACAUCACCCGGCAUGUAAAAAAGACACCAGUACUUACAGGAGUACUUUCAAAAUAACCAUCUAUGAAAAAGUCACUAUGUUUGUGCGAACUUUUCCCUUUUUCUGUCGUAUCUGUGAGUUUUCAAUGUUAAUGUCAUUUAGUAGACUAAAUGUUUACAUUAGCUGUGUUCUGGUAUGAGCUAAUAGGCUGUCAAAUGCUCUCAAAUCUAAAAUAUGACCUGAUCUCUGUAUCUGAAGACUUUGGGGCUGCUUAUCAAUCAAUGAGCUGUACAAUGGCCAUGAUUUGUCUCAUUAUGUAAGGUUUGUAUUAUUGAUCUGACACAUAUCAGUUGUUGAUACUUGACUUACAUGUCUUCAGAAGACUUGUGGUGUAACUCAGACCAUGUAGUUAAAGAGUCGCCUUGCUAAAGUUUUUGUUUUUUUGUAAAAAGGGUAGGCAAAAUAAGCAUGAGCUUCAGCCUACACCUUUUCGAUUAGCUUUAUGAUGCUUUUUAAAUUUACUAUGUAUCUGUUGUGGGUGGAUUUUAAAUGCUAAUCGAAUAAAAUAAUUGAAUUGAAUUGAAUUGAAUAUAAACAGAAAACAUUAUUCUAAAAUAAUACACACAAGGUCACUACAAGCUGCUAGGAAAGAUCUCAGUCUAAGUCACAGUUUGUGCUCACACAACAUUAUUUGGGAUUAAUUUAUUGUUACAGCGUAUUACCCAGCUCUUGCCUGGAUCAUUUUCUCAGCAGGGAGAAAUGAACAUGAAGGUCAGAGGGCAGUGUUUCACAGCUUUUGAUUUGUGAGGGAAAAAGCUCCUCUGCAAUGUUUCAUUCUCAGACGUUUGCACUUGGGAGCUACAUUUUUUAAUGUUUAUAAACCCAAUUUUAAGGUUUUUAGUGAGACAAAUCAAACAAAAAAUAAGUUGUUCUCAACCCACACUCAGCUGCAGGAUCUCAUAAAGCCUUCUGGCAGUGGAACAAACUCAAUAACUUUUGACAGAGAGUUUAAGAGACUUCGUUGACGACUGCUGUUACUUUCCUCCCGCUCUCUAAAGCUCCUCUGAGUCCCUACCCAGACUUGGAGCUGUGCUGGACUUGGUUUUUCUCACUGAGGUUUUUCAAAUGCGUCGCACUCUGUCAGUGUGUGUGCUCACACACCCUCACUUCCAAAAUGGAGAGCUGUGAAACUUAAGGACACACCUCGCCUCCCAGGGUGUUGACGUAAGAGGCAGAGAAUUAAAAAAUUCAGAAUAUACAGAAUAUAUGUUACUCAACAUUUGGGUUGUAAAGAGUUGGGAAAAAUAAGAAAAGAGAAAGGUGAGCUUUACGCUUUUGACUUUUAUCUGCUCCUUUGUUGCAUAAAACCCUUGUGUCUCUCUGCUAACAUCACAAAUACACAAACACACACGCACACAUGCACCAGGCAGAUGUUGCCCUAACACAUAUGGUUUGUGUCACAUCAUCAGCAGACUCUCUCAUGGAAAAACACACAUGCAAGUUCACUAGAACUGAACUGCACCCCUCACUCUUUUCCUCCAUCUGUUGAUCUCUGCCUUCUUUUAUCUCUCUCUCUCUCUCUCUCUUACACUCACACACUCUCACACACAAAUACAGAGUGCAUGUAGUAAUGUGUACCAGGUGUGUGAGAAGCUGCAGGAUGUCCACCAACAAACAGGUCUGAUGCAGAACAAAGAAACCAAGUCACUGCUCCUCUUCCUCAUUUGUUCUUCAUUACACUCCGAGCUGGUGGAGUAAACCUUUUUUGCAUUCUCCUCUUAUGUUCAGUUUUUUACCACAGAGUCAAGUGGCUUAUGGUCAAUUUCUUAAAACUAGCAGAUGUUGAAAUAGCAGGACUUCUGUCAGUAAAAUGAUGUAAUUGAAUGAGAUCAGUGUGGAUCAGAGUUUGUCUGUAGCAACAGUCUGUUAUUCAUAGAAGCAUUCAGCUGUACAGAAAUAACAGCCAGUACUAUCGUUUGAUUUGACGUGAAUUGACAUCAGGAAAUCAAACCGCUCAGAGCUUAUUACUUGUGGAUGCAUACACAGAAAUCUUGUUCUUUCUUGGUCCCCAUUUGUCUAAAUGAGUAUCUGUGUAAAAAAGCAGUUGCAGAGAAAAUUCUUCAUUCUUAAAUUUUUAAGAACCUGUAUGAGUUGUUGUUGCACAAUAUCCCAAAAGUGCUCCUGAAAUCAGAGGUUGUUUUGUUUUAGCUCACUAGAAAAAGCUGCUUUGACACCAUAAAUUCCCAGUUUGGGAGCAAUAAAGUAAUUCUGAUUCUGAUUCUUAGAGGUUCUUGAAAAAAUCUGAGGGGAGUUGAUAUCUGUAGUCACUCUACUGCCUUUCUUGUUUCUUCAGGGUUUUUAUUUUAACAUGCUCUUCAAGUGACACCUGUGAAGUAUUUCUAACCUCAAAAUGCCAGCAGGUUAUACAACAGACUAAAUUUGAUACUGAUGAAUAAAUGUUUCACAAACGCAUACAAGAACAUCCAAGAAAAGAUUGUAAUUUUCUACCAGGGAUGUUGUGAAGCAAUUCACUAAAACUGAAAUUGAAAUUGCAGCCAGACUUCUUCUCUAAAAGUCAGAAGACACUAUCUGAAAGGGUCCAAAGACAGUUUUUGCAGCAUCCGUUUUCCAAUACUGUCAUUUCAAAAGAAGCUUCAAACUUAAUCUGAUGGCAUUUAUAAGUAAGUUUAUAAGUAACACAACACAGCUGCAUCAUUUGAGCUAAAUAUUCUUAGUUUGAACCCUAUUGGCCUUAAACAAAGAUAUUUUUUCACAAUUACAAUUUGGAAAACAAACAAAAUACGUGCUCGCAAAGAAACAGCGCAUUCAGCCAAUAGUCAAAUAGUUGAUUGUAAAACAAGUCCAUUACACGUUAAGGCAAGUAGCCGAUCAUAGUCUAGGAUUUGGAGGUGUUAAAUAACAUUUCAGAAUAUUUGCUGAAUUUAUUGAAUAGAUAACUGCUGAGAGCUGUUUGUAUUUAUUAAGUUAGGGUGUUUCAGAACAGUUCCGCUCAAUAUAAAAUGUAGAUCUCAAGUGUUGUCCUCAGAAAACAGUGAUCCUCACGAGGACACACAGAAGGGUCGGGGGCAGUACAAAGUUUGAUGGAGGAGGUUGCCUCUCGUUUUAUGUACAGUCUAAACCCUGGUUGAUUUUGGCACCAAAACUGUAAGGCUUGAACUAAAUAUCCACUCCAUGUGCUGCACAUACUGUAUGUGGUACUUUGGGUUGAAGAUAUAAAAUAAACUCUGAAGAACUGAUGACAAGCUAAAACAUAAAUUACCAAAAUAUUUGCUGAAUUUAUUGAAUAGAUAACUGCUGAGAGCUGUUUGUAUUUAUUAAGUUAGGGUGUUUCAGAACAGUUCUGCUCAAUAUAAAAUGUAGAUCUCAAGUGUUGUCCUCAGAAAACAGUGAUCCUCACGAGGACACACAGAGGGGUCGGGGGCAGUACAAAGUUUGAUGGAGGAGGUUGCCUCUCGUUUUAUGUACAGUCUAAACCCUGGUUGAUUUUGGCACCAAAACUGUAAGGCUUGAACUAAAUAUCCACUCCAUGUGCUGCACAUACUGUAUGUGGUACUUUGGGUUGAAGAUAUAAAAUAAACUCUGAAGAACUGAUGACAAGCUAAAACAUAAAUUACCAUAAAUAGUUUUUCAUGUUGUACCCACUGAACUGCUGACCAUGUACGGAGAGGGAGCACAUCUGGUCUUUCUUUUGUCUCUUUGCCUCUUUCUCCUUUGGCUCUGGACCUGUUUCACAAUUUGUCUUUCAUCUCUUCCCUCCUUUUCAACUGACACUCACUUCAUCCCCCCUCCAUCCUCUCUGGAACCACAUGUCUCCUCCCCUCCCUCUCCCGUUUCCUCUCCUCCCUCUCGCUGAGUGUGGCUGUCAUCCCUCUACCGUGGCAGGUGAGGCCAUAAAACAGCAGGAAGGGGCCAGAGGUGCGUGUGCAUGUGUGUGUGAUUAAUUAUUAUACAGAUAUCUGAGGAGCUGCUAUGCAAACUGUGCACACAUACCUGGUCAUUAAUCUCAGCUGUGUUGUUACAGUGUGUUGGAGUGUUAAACAGUAACGUCUCUGACCUUUGACCUCUGCUGUGUCUACUGUUCUCUCUCCCUUAAACACAUAACUCAUCAUGUCGCCUUCAAGGCCAAAGUGUCUGUUCAUCUCUCAGCUCCUCUUACACAAAUACAGUGCUUCUCAAUGAUUUACUACAUCCAAAGGAUAUUUGAGAGUGUAAGGUGCGUACCUCUUACAUACCACGAGUGUUUUCAGCUUAAAUCCAUUCGCCUCAACCCUCCCGUCCCCCAAUCUCUCACAUUUCUGACCCUACUGUGUAAAACAAUAAAUACUCACAUUAAUCACAUAAGUGAAACCUGUACGAAAACAAUAUAAGUAAGAGUUUUGCAUAUGUGGCCACAAGCAUAUUAUAUUAAUUAUAAUUAGAGGUAAUUGUGCAGGAAUUUCACAAUAAAACAGGUAAAAUAGGAGAUAAAACUUGAUAAUAGAUGAAAAAAUAAAGAUUUAUCAGUCACAUAUUUGAGCAUCUGUUACUGCACCAAACAUGUGGGCCAACCGUUGUCUCUACAAACUAUCAGGGUUGAACUGAGUCUCUGUGAUUGGUUUGUUACAUCGUGAUUGAUUCAAAGUGGAAAGUAGGACGCGCAUAUUUAAAGGAGCAUUCAGUAUAAGGUUGUUGAUGACAUGAAAAAAAACAUGUUAUUUUUAUCAAAACUGUAAUCCAUUCGUCACUCAUUGUAGCUUUAAAGUGGAUUUGGUAAUGUGUUAACUGGUGGUCUGUGAGGGCAUUUCUGUUUUUGUUACAACCUCUUCAGAGACAAUUACAGGAAAAGGACUCGUACCUGUGACAUUGUGAUAACAUGGUCAGAGUUCUUAACCCCUCUGUUCAACAUUAGGACCACUUAGGAUGAGGUAUAAAUAGCAUAGCAGCUCUUUUUUUAAGGACUCUUACUUCCUAUGUCUGUACAUUACAAGUUUUUCUUGUGUCAUUUGGAUAAACCCAGCUGAACCUUGUGACAGAAACAGUGAAAGAGUGACCUUUGUUGUCUGGACAAGAAUAUUAAACUUUUUGAAUGGGCCCUGUGUAGUUAGAAUUAAAGAAAUCGUAAGUUUUAGAUUAAGGAAAUGAUCAUUUUUGGUUCGAGUCAAAAUAAAUAUGUUAGUUGUCUUACUCUAAUGAUGUACAGAAGACAACUUAAUCCAGGAUUGUUCACUGACAUUUUGUGUUUUUCUGGGUGGUAUCGCACGACAGAGAUUAAAAGACAAACAAGUUAAUGUUCAGUAAACAUUAAUUUAAAGCUCCUGUGAGUAAUUUUUUGAUGAUUAUGAAACCAUCUGAAACUUAAACUCGUGCCUUUUUUAUAAUAUAUGAAAGCAAAUAAGACCAUUGGUGACAAGAUUGUAGUUUUUAUGUUGUAAAAAUGUAGAGGGUGAGUGUCACAGACGCAAAAGUUUCUCACAGGAGCUUUAAUUAACCUGAGAUAACAGAGGUAGGUGAGAAGAACCGACACUUACUAUAGAAAAACGUUACUGAAAAUGAACACUUGCACAACCUAUUGGGUACCAACAGUCUUAACAGAAAACAUGUUUUCUGGUUCUGCUCUUAUACUGCAGCCAGCCACCAGGGGGAGCUCUAAAUGCUGUGGUUUCGCUCCUUCACUCUCUUCUUAUUCAGUCUGUGGAUUAAUUAUAAAGACGUUUUGGCCGCUCUGUCACUGCCUUUAUUUCACCAAUUAGAUGGACAUGUCAGGAUAUUAGAUUUAAAGGCUGGAACUGUGUUUUUUAUUGCCUUUAACCAGCAGGUUUGUACACCUUCACUUCACCGAUUUUUUGUUGGUGUGGAUGUUUUAUCCUUUGAGAAGUCUGUGGAGAGCAGAAGAAAACUGACAGGGGAUGUUGAAGUGAGGCAAAGAAAAAAGGUAAAAAAAGGAAGCACAGAUAAAAGGUCAGGAAGGAAAAGAAGAGGAGUGAAAAUGUGAAGACAGGAGACAAAAAGAUCAGAGGAUGAUUGAAGGAGAUGAGUGGUGGAGAGAGAGGAAGAGGACAGGAAAAAUUAAACAUGGCUGUAACUGAUGAAAGUAGCAGUCAAAGAGGGGAAGAGGAGGCUGAGAGCGGGGCGAUUGGACGGAUGAUGGAGUAGUGUAAAUGUGUUGGAUGGUUUGUGUGUGUUUCAGUGUGUGUGAGCGUGUGGAAGUGUUUCAGGGAGGAUUUGACAACCUGAGCAGCACAUGGUCAAGUGAAGAGACCCAUGAGAGCUGCUUGAAAGAAACACAGCACACUUCAGGAUCUGGUUACAGUACCCUGUGUGUGUAUUUGAGUGUGUAUGUGUGUGUGAGUGUGUACCCCUGUGUUAUCUCUCCUCAUGUGUUAUCUCCGGCAUCCUGGAGGAAUGCAUGAAAAACUUACAGUGCACAAAAGAGGAAUAAAACAUCAGUAUAAAGUGAUACCUUUAAUAAAACCAAUUUGUAACGGUUGGCUGAGGGAAUUUGUUAAGUCUUUUUUUUCACAAGGAAUAAAGGUUGUGGUCACCUUUGAUUUAUGACAGUUUUAUAGGAUCCAAAUGUGACGAGUCCACAUAAACUGGAGUGCCUAUGGAGGGUCAUUGCUUCCCAUUAUUGUAAAAGGAGUGUUACCAAAACUAUAUUUUAUUUUACCUUUAUUUUUUAAAAUGCAAAUUAGUUUUUUUUCAGCUAUUGAUUACUCUCCAUGGCAACAACUACAUGUUCGAUCUUUGCAUUGUCGAAAGAAAGUCUAAAUGCUAAAACCAAAGCUUGAUAGUUUAACCUAUUCACAAUCCUAUAAUUUAAAACAGUAGAUUCCAGUCAUUAACUCUAUCACAUGUCCUGUUCAGGGCUGCAAGGGUGAAAGAGCAAUGAAAGAGAGGCAGGGUGCGCUCUGGAGAGGUUGCCAGUCUAUCACAGUUCCUUUAUUGUUUUAAGCUUGUAUCCUAAAAAUCAUAUCUACCAACUUGUUUAAAGAAAGGUUCCUUCUUUUCCUAAAUGAAACAGAAAUGAUGCCUCAUGCUGAGACUCCAUAAUAUAUCCCAGAAAUUUAACAGAGAAGCAGAUAUUCAUGUAGCGUCACUUGUUUUGUUUUGUUGAUGCUGCAUUAACCCAGUGACAGGUUGUUUUCUAGUAACAAAUGUUUAUGUGUAUUGAAAGUUUAAAGGGUCUUACAGUCAGGGCUUGAGUGUGAUGAUAACCUUAAAAGUCCUCUCAGACAUCCUCUGAAAUGUUUAUUGUCAUCAUUCUGCUAAUGGACCUGUUUCAAACAGCUUCUGGGGAAGACGUUUUCAUCCAACAGUAGUCAUUUAUUUGUGUAAAGAUGAAGUUUUCAUAGCUCUUUGUUGACUCUGUUUAUUCUCCUGGAGUCAUUGAGAUGGAAUAAAUUGUAGAUUUGAUUGAAGCCAGGCACACAGGGGAGCUGAGGGAGGGACCCAGGCAGACAGAGGGAGAGAGAGGGAGGAGAGGGGAGGGGGCUGGGGUUGAAACCGCAGUUUUUAUAUGUUGUCUGGUUUUAAUUUUGGAAGAGCCAUCAUUCACCAGUUCACUGAGGUGGCAAACCAGAUGAGUGUGGGCUUUAGGGGUGUGUGUUUCUGUGUGUUCUCUACCUGCUGAAACACUUAGAGCUCUGUCCCUGGAAAUACUAAAACUGAUGCCAUCUAGUCAUGUUUUUACAGUUUUCCUUGUUUUUAGGGGAUAAUUAACUGAUUUUCAACCUAUUUUUAAAAACUUGACUCUCAUCAGUAGCAUAAAGAUGACUGUAGUGGUUGUAAUAUGUUUCUCAGAAUGAGCUUGGCCCGUAUGUAACGUUUUCAUGCAAGAAAGGGUAUUUUUUUGUUGUUGUUUUUGUAGCUGGAUAUUUUAGCUUGUCAUGAAACAGACUGAUAUCAAGACCAACAACUUAUCAUGAUUUAGUAAAGCAAAGGAGGCCAAAAAAAAGGUGCCAUCUGUGAUCAUGUCUUUGGGGUUAUUUGCUAUUUCUUAAUCCGCUGGCAGGGACGUAUUAGUCACUAAUAUUGACUGAAUGUAACAGGAAUUGUUGCUUUUUUUUACAUAACUACAUGGCCCAGAUUUUCUGAUGGGUGUUUAAUAGAGCUUGUUGGAAAAAGGCGGCAAAGAAAAGGUUAGCUUUUGUCCACAGGGGGCGCCAUAAUGGACACAGGGCGCAAGUUCUGUAACGAUUAUUUUCAAUUAUAGUUAUGAGAAAUUAGAAUAUACAGCUGUAGCAGCAGUGAGGGGUCAAGCCUGUAGCACUGAUUGUUCACAAAGAUGGAUGACCAAGAUGUGCAAUAACGCAGCAAAAACACCCCUGUGAAGGAUACUUACAUAUUGUACAUUUUGGAGCCAGUCUGUGCAGUAUUAACAUCCGAGCAAAAGUGUAUCCUUAUCACAAGGAAAGAAGACUUAAGGUUAGAUUAAAAUAAAAGAAGAUUUGAAAAGAAAAAAAGUGGUUUAUGAGAUGUAUUUUGUGCCCUCCUUAAGAAGAGUAAGUCUCCUGUUUCCCUCUGCAGACUGUAGUUCUAUCACUACCUGACCAACACGAGACCAUCCUCUCAUCCUUGUAUAACUUUGUUUAAAUAUUUAUAUCGACUUUUGCUCUUUUUGUCUCAUCAAGAAAAGUUCAUCCCAGUCCAUCUGUCCUCGAAUUCCCAUGAACUUAAUGACUGAUGGCCCUCAAAGGCAUUCACAGUUUAUGUUUCUCCACUCACUCUAUUGUGUAUAAUGCAUUUAAAGUGUAAAUCCCUAACUUUGUUGCACCUUCAGACAUUUAUAUUUAUUUUUUUUUUGUUUAUGUGCAGUGCCUUCAACCAUGCAAAGAACUAUGGGAGUCAAGGAAGAUGCAUUCUCCAAAGUCCUGUGAGGUAAGACAGAAAGUGAGAGUAAAAUCUGUGUAUAUGUGUGUGUGUGUGUGUAUGUGUGUGUGUGUAUGAGACGACAGCCUUAGUGGAGGUGUCGUCACUCCUGCAGCUGAAAGAAUCUCUUGUUGGCACCGUGAGGAUUAUUUCUUUUAGCUGUGUACACCAUGAACAGGCAUUACUGUGUGUUUAUGCAAGCUUUAUGUGUGUAUUAUGAAUAACAUGUUUGAGCCCUUGGAUGUAUAUAAAGUAAAAGUGUGUUAUUUUGUGCGUGUGGCCUUAAAUGAUUAUUUGUAAAACCAGUCCGGCUCUGCGGUUUCAGACAGAUUAGUUUUUCAUCACAAUAGCUGAAGCAUGUUACCGGCUGGAUGGCUGACUGGCUGGCUGGUUAGAAACACAGGGUAAUUCACAGCUAUUAGCUAAGCUUGUGUUUACAUUUUGCUGAUCUGCAGCCAUGUGCACAGCAACACACACUCAUCUACACACACACACACAUACAGCCCCCUUGGAGACCAAAGCUCAUGUCCUGCCUGCAAAGAGCCAGUUGGAGUUUACCAAAGGAAACACUUUCCCCUGCACUGUGUGUUUUUUUGCCCUCAUACGCGUGUUUAAACAUUACAUAUUAUUUCCGUUCUGUGUCAGCUGCAAUAAUAACAACCCCCCCUGUUCUGUCUCUCAGAAGCAGACGGAGUGUGUGACCAGCAGGGAGUUUCUGACCUCCCUGAGGUUGUCUCGUCAGGGUGACUGUCCUCCGCCUCAGCGAGCCACCGGCUUCGCUGCAGCCUGUGUGGAGAGCUGCUCAUCAGACCAGCAUUGUCCCUCCCCGAGGAAAUGCUGCGCUAACGGCUGUGGACAUACAUGCCAAGCCCCAGCCAAUCUAUAUAAAGGUAAAGGCAAGUCCCUGGCAACAUGUUAGAGGCUGUUUGCAACAUCUUGUGGGAUUUAAGUCAGGAUGCAGCUGCACAAUAGAUUGCGCUUAAAUUUUUUUGUAACCACAACACCAUAAUUAUCAAAUGAUUUAGUGUGUAAGACCGACUUUAAGUACCUUGUUGUCUUCCAAAAAAGUAGCAUCAUCCAAUACACCAAAGUGACCUGUGUGCCAGUAUGAAAUUCAGAAAGAUGUAGUAUAAUGUUUACGCAGAAGAGCGCACUCAAAGAUCAGCUCAAGUAUAGUUUGGGGAGCUGGCAGUGCAGUGGUAACAGAUGAUACUAGAAGAGCUUCACGUUUGAACAAAAACUGCACAUUGCUGAACAUAACAAAAGUCUUCAUACUGGAUGACAGUCUUGAAUUUUUUUCCCUUUAGUCUCCAAAACAGUCUGCACCGGUUACUGACCCAAUUAUAAAACCAACCCUGUUUAUAAGGUGACUCUCCUUUUCAAGACAAGUUUGCGGGAGAAGACUUCUCAAAGUCUUCUAUCCUCUAUGGACAAUACUCUACAUGGUACUCUAUUUCUUGGCUGUUUUACAGUUGUGUAACGUCUGCUGUGUUACUUUCUUUAAAAAAGGCAUCAGAACUUUCCCCCUUUUGUCCUACUUUUGUGCUACUUCGCUCCGUUCACCAUGUCUCUCUAUAUUUCAUCCUCGCAGUACCGUAGUGGUGAGUGACAUGUGGUCUCCUGAGCGGUACACAUGCUUUAGAGAGAAUUGGCACCACAAACUGCCUUUGCAUCUUAUUUCUAAACCCUGUAUAUGAGACGAUCAGAGAUGUAUUUUAAGAGGUGGAAAAAAACAAGAAAAAGUUUUAUAUUUGGGUCAAUACAGUAUAUUCCAGAUUAUACAAUAUUUAACUUAGAAGAUGAGUCUUAAGUCUAUGAUUGACGAGUGCCUGAGAUAUGAUCUGAUAAAAUGCUGCUCUUUUUUUCUGCCAAAUGACAACAAAGCAGUUUAGUGUAAUAAAGAUUCUUGAAUUGAGGCCCACACAGCAGCUGAUUUAAAGCUCGAUCUUCAGUCUGUGCAGAACGAGAGGAGUGAAAACUGCAGAUGUCUUUGUAGCCACAAUUAGAUGGGCAUGAUAGUUAAAAACUGAUGGAAAAGGUUGUCUAAGAAAUGUUUGCAUAAUUUCAUAAUGUUUUUUAGCAUUUAAACCAAUUUGCAAAUCAAAAAUCGUUGAUCAUGAAUUUCUCAGUGAAUUCUUGGAAUAAGUGACAGAUAAAUAGAAUUUGCUCGAUUUCUUUAAAAUGGUUAUUAAUUUGUCGAAAAGUAAUAAAAGCAAUAAAUUAUAUUUAAAUAUAAUGAAGAUUGAGGUGUCCUGCUUUGUCACUGACAUUUUUAAAAUAUCCAGCCUGUUCAAUUGACAAAAUUUUUCCCAAAAAUUUUUUACUUCAGUAACAAGUUUUGCCGUUCGAUGUUAGGAAAAGCUUUUAAAAAACCUUUGAGAUUAACUUUCCUGAUAUAUUUUCAUUUCUAUUUGCCCUUCCCACCUGUGUGUCCCCAGGUGUUCCUCUGAAGCCUCGCAGAGAGAUGAGCUUUGUGGAGGACUCAGAGGGCCGGGUGAGGGUGGUGUGGGUGUCAAAGUUCAACGUCAGCGUGGAGCCUGUCGUUUACUUGCUCCAGUCCCGCUGGAACAUCGGGAUCCAUCCCAGCGAAGACCAUGCCUCCCCAUGGAGCACUAUUGCCAUGGUAACCAUGAAAACUUUGCCUUAACGGUUCAGAAAGUUUAAAUAUAGAGCCAUAAACAUCUUCACACUGACUUAAGGGUUUGAUGUAGAAGUUUCCGUUUUUCUUUGUUUUAUGAUUUUGUGUUUUCACAUUUAAAAAGGUCAAGUAUGAUCUUGUAAAUGUCAGCCUCCCUGCAUUCGAAGGUGAUAAUAGUUGUCUGGAUGUUGACAAUGGGAAGCUGGCGGCUGGAAGAAAAACAUAUUACAACAUAGCACAUCGCUGUUUCUGUGCAGCUAGCAUUUUUCAGCGAUUGAAGCUCUAAAAAUGGUUCCUGUGCCUUUAAAAGUGGAAAAACGCCACAGAGUUUGCAACAUAUCUUUACCUCAUAACUCUCAAUUUGCCGUGAAUGAUGAAACUUCUCAGCUAUGGAGAUGGAUGUUAGUCUCUGUUUCCACCUCAUCCGUCUGCUGCCUUGCUGUCUAAACCUCUCCACCCCAGCAAGUCUCCCAUUCUGCCAGGGUAAACUGUCUGUAUGAGUGUGUGUGUAAGUGAGUAAGUGUGUGUAUGUGUGUGAGCACUGUACGACUGUGUGUGUGUGAGCCUGUGUGAGGUUAGAUAAAUAAGCAGAGCUUAAAAAGGAACCACAGGCAGCCACAGUCGUUCCACCGGCUGAGUCUGAAUGACUGAACGCUCAUUAUAGACUUAAAUAGAUGGCAGCUUGUGUCUGUGAGUGUGUGUCUCUCCGAGCGUGUGUGUGUCUGUGUGGAUGAGUAGAUUUUAAGCCGUGAUUACAUUUUCACUGUCAAGGAAACAAAACAUGUGAAUCCUCAGGAAUUUGAACCGUAAUUUUUGCAAAUCAUUUAAUUUGACUAUUAUCAGAUGAAAUUCCAGUCCCACUCUGCUCAUCUGAAUUUCCAUCAUGUUAACGUCUGUAAGCUUAAUGUCUGGAAGAACAAGAGGCUUUCUGUUAUGUUUUGAAAGGUGAUACAGUGAAAGUCCAAGUGUUCUCAAAAUAUGUUUGGAAUGAAUCAAGUGUUUAAUCUCACAGUAUGAACUAUCACUGAAACAGGGAUCUCUGUUUAUGACAUGAAAUGACAAACAGAAAGUUAAAUUUGAGACUGAGCAGCAGCCGUUUUGCCCAAAGACAGUGAACUCACUGAAACAGGUGCAAUAGGUUUGUCCAAAGAUAACAAAAUUUCCCUCUUUCACUCCAGAGCCCUGAUCAAACCCAUUACAUCCUAUCUGCUUUGUCUGCUUUGUCUCAAAGACACUUCCAAGAGUUUUUCUGGUACAAUUAUGUUUUAACCAAGCUAACUUAAUGAGAUAUUACAAUCUAGCCUUGGAGGAAACAGUAAGCAUAUCUUCUGACUGUGUUCGACAAAAAGCCAUCGAGCUCUGUUCUGCUUGUUUCAGUCUUGCCAAUCAGAUGUGAGCCGUAGCCAGAACAGAUGGUUCAUGGUCUCAUUCCUAUUUGUAGGUCACAAGGAGGCAUCAACGUGAAUUUUAGUCUAUUUCACAACCAGCCAAAAACUUCUUACAGGCGCAUUAAGUUAAACCACUGGAGAUUUGCAUAAGGAGAUUAUUUAGGGGUGUUACAUAAUUAAAAAAAAAACAUCUGAUUUUAUUUUGCUAGAUGAAAAACAAAUUGAAAAGCAUUGGAUAAAAGUUACAGAAGACAAGAACGGUCAUGAAUUUUCCUUUUUUUUUUCUUUUUUUUUAUCUCAACAUAACAAAGAUCAUUUUGUCAUGAUAACAAGUUAAUUAAUAAUGUGUUGCUGUUGUUGUCUGAUUCAUGUAUGGCAGUUCAGUGUUCCUACACUGAAAGUGUAAUGCGUUAAGUCGAGCAUGCCAUCACUGUUUUCAUUGAAAAUCCCGGCUUGCUGUCGACAAUGGUGGCUGCAGCGUUACAGAAAUAUCCCAUUUUAAAAGUUACUGUUUUAAGUCAGCACUAUUUCCAUCAUCACGAGAAAAUGAUCUGUUGAGAUUAUGAAAAAAAAAAUCAUUAUAACAAGUAAAGGAACUUUGUCUAAUCGAGAUAAGGAGAAAAUAAGACGUUAUUACGAGAUAACAGUGCAUAAAAAAAGAAAAAUCCAUGGCUGUUCUCGUCUUCCGUAAAAAGUCUUGCAAAAAAAGAGUCUUAUUUCUGUUAUUUUUGCGUGUGUUUGUGUUUUCAGACGCUCUCUGAACACAUGGUUCUGUCAGAUUUGAGGUCUCAGCGCUGGUACCAGUUCAGAGUAGCGGCCAUCAACAGCCACGGCAGCAGAGGCUUCACCACGCCCAGCAGACACCACAUCUCCAGUAAAGGUAGUCCAGUCUGAACACACACUGUUAUUUUCUUUGCAGAAUGUCCCAAAAGGAGAGAUGAUUCCUCUUGGAUGUUUCUGUAACCUUUCGGUGUAUUUUAAUAUCCUGUGAGGAGACACUGAACACAACACACAGCCCUGCUCUCCAUUUGUGUCAUUUUAGGAGAGGUAUUACACCUCUCUGAGGAAACCUUUGAAACUUUACAUUUACCUUCCCUGUUCUUUCUCUCUUUUCACUCAGAGUUGAUGGAUAAGGUACACGCAGCAGGGAAACUAUCAGGCAGUCCAUAAAACACAGACAGGAAACAGAAAAUACACACAACUGAAUGUGCGCUUUGUUUUCACACAUACAGUACAGACACAUACACAAAAUCACAACGCACACGAGUCAGCUGGUGUAGAGCCAGGUUAAAAUCCCCGGACAGUGAAAGAGGGUGAGAGUAAGAGUACGACACCUCCUAUAGACACACAGAAACACACACUCAAGCACACACACUGUAGGGGUUCCUAGCUUUAAUACUUAGCAGACUGAGGUCAUAUUGGUGUUGCGCCAGGAUUGGCUGGUGAUAUGAAUCCCCUGCAGGGAUUGGCUCAAGCGUGUUUGCAUGUGAAUAAUGACUUCAGGUUGGACUGAGCUUUGGAAAAGAUUCUUUAUCAAUCGAAGACUUAUGGAAGAUUACGAGGAGGUGCCUGAGAUAUCAUUUUCCACUGCCUUUAACGUAAAAUGGUACACUUCUGCAUGCCUCCAAAAAUGGUAAAGAACUUGAGCUCAGGCAGACUGAAACUUUCCUUCAAACUCUUUGGGGUGCGCGAACUUUUAGGAGAUUGUACUAUUCUCCUUUUUCUUAAAGGGAUAUUCCGGCGUAAAAUUAAUUUAGGGUCAAACACACCGUUAGACACCCCCUCGAGAGAGAUGAAUGGUGCCGACCCCUUGCUUCUCUAGUUAUACCAACUUUAGUAAUGACCACGCGAUAGCAAUACACAGCGGUCUGAGGAGCCAUAAACAAAUGUCAACCAAAACGCCACUCUAUAGCCCAAAUAAUGCUCAGAACAGCACCUAACUUCAUCAACAGUACAUAUAGGGUCCCAGCAGCCACCAAACAUCUUUUUAGCUUUGCCUGAUUUCAUACGCAAAGAGACUAAACACAACUCACCAACUCUCUUCCAGCAGCUGCUUGUUUGUAGCGAGACUUCGACCAGUCCAUCAUCAACUGAGGCGGGGGGACGCAGCUCAAGGAAGAACAUUUAUGAUCAUUACUUCACGGAAAUGCAAUCAGAUCGAGACGCUAAGGCAGAAGAACUACCUCGUCUGCAGUGCAAAAUGAUUAAUAUGAUAACAAUUACUUCAAGGAAAUGAUAAAGAAAUGAUCAUAAAUGUUCUUCCUUGAGCUGCGUCACCCCGCCUCAAUCUAUGAUGGACUGGUCAAGGUCUCGCUACAAACAAACAGCUGCUGGAAGAGAGUGGGUGAGUUGUGUUUAGUCUUUUUGCGUAUGAAAUCAGGCAAAGCUAUAAAGAUGUUUGGUGGCUAGUUCUAUGGUUGGGACCCUAUAUGUACCGUUGAUGAAGUUAGGUGCUGUUCUGAGCAUUAUUUGUGGCUAUAGAGUGGUGUUUUGGUUGAGGUUUGUGUAUGGCUCCUUAGACCGCUGUGUAGACCGGCAGCAUUCGUCUCUUGAGGGGGUGUCUAACUCGGUGUUACGGUGUGUUUGACCCUAAAUUAAUUUUACGCCGGAAUAUCCCUUUGAAAAGUGAAGAUGAAAAGAUAGAUACUUUUUAUUGUUUUAGUUUGUUCUCUACAUAUUAUGUGCACAAGAAUGUAGAAGCUGGUGUUAUCUGUUAUAUUGCCUUGUUGUUGAAAAACUGAAAAACCACAAAUGAGAGGAAACAAUUAAGUUAAUUUCAACCAAGUAAAAGGCUAAAUAAGAAAAACAUCCUUGCAGCAAACAUGUUCAAAGUUAACAACAACAAUGGACAGCAAAAGGACAACACUUCUUAAAAACUGUCCAUGUUAUAUUGUUGAUGCUCUUGUACAGUACGUUCAGGAAGUGAGCAUUUUCGUUGAUUUAAUGAUUAAAAGUCAUCACCCUCACUUGUCAGCACCAGAAUUACCAGCCUGUGAAUCAAACUACUCCAGCAUUUCAGGUCAACAUUGAUAAAGCUUAUCAUAUGUUAUUGUCUUGCUUACAGUGCAGCCACACAUCACUAACUGUACUUUAGCUUGGUUAAUGGCUGCUGUCAUAACUCUACAAUGCUCUACUGUUGAGAUGUAAAAACAAGCUCAGAUACAAACAGCCUUAAAAUGGAGAUAAAGUUGUGUAGUUAGAAUGAGUAAGAACAGGCAUGUGUGUAAAUCUGCAGGGUGGACUGAAGGCUGGUGUUGCUUUGAUAGAUUGAUAUGAUAUGUUUGAUCGACACAGUGUGAGUGCAGCCUACUUGUAUGUAUUUAAGAGGCCAGGGUCAAAGGUUAAAGACACACACUUUAGCAUUAUAAAUACCAUCUGAUCCAAGUCAGGGGCUUGUGUUUCCAGUUCAUUAGUGUGAUUAGUCAGGGGCUGGAGGUCAUGGGUCACAAAUCAGGAAACUGGCAGAUCUCAGGAUGGUUGAAGUUCCUUCACUGUGACCCGAUGCGAACCAAAGAGAAUCUGGAUUUGAGAAACUGCUUUUUUUCUGUCCAUUCAGAUGUCAAGGUUUCACUGAACCUGCCAGCUGUGAUUAGAAGGGAACAUCUAGAUCAAAAAACUCAUCUUGAUGUCUUUAUCUUCUGCAACAAUGGGCUGAAAUCAGCUGAUUGAGGGAGCCACACAGAGUGAAAAACGCCUCGGAGAAAAACACAUGUUUUGGUUCUGAUGUGGAAAUCACUGCUGGCAGAGAGAGACCUCCUGCUUCCUAAGAGAAAAACACACUCACACACACAUAUGCUCACACAAACAGACCAGGUCCUGCAGUCCUAAUAUGCUGCCCUCACUUUGAUCUCUGCAUUAGGGUCAGCCAUGCACAGUUCUGGGUCUGUGGGAGGCCUACCAUGGGGAAUGUAGUUCUAAUCAGCAACAUUUUGUAGUUUUAAUGAAAACAGGAUUGGAGUUCGUGGUUCUAAUGAGAUGCAGAGCCAUGUGUCGAAAGAACAGCGAACUGGAGAUAUAAUCUUGAGACAAACAGCUGCUCAGUGGUGAUCACUUCAGAUCUGUGUUGUGGUAGCGAGUGAAAAUGGAGGCCUCAAGCUUCACCAGGACUUCUCACUGUUAACUGACUAUGUAGAUUUCAACAUAACCCAGAGGCCUGCCUAUUUUUGCUCCAUAGAGCCUCAAAAAAUGAAGGUCUUAAUCUUUAAUGAAACCCAGGGAUGUUUUAUCAUCUUCAUCUUUGAAUUUGAAGCCAAUCUCCACCAUUUCUCUUUCUCUGUCCAGACCCCUCACCUCCAGAACCUCCGAUAAAUAUCAGAGUGAGCAACCAGACUCAACACUGGACAGCUUUACGUCAAGGGACUCAGCUCACAGAGAGGUAAUAGAUUAAAAAAAAAGUUGAAUAAAUCGCUGAAUUUCUUUGCUAUUCUCCUCGCUGGGUAAUUUCCAUGGCCUUAGCGGGAUGUCGUUGUAUGCAAUCAGUCAUAAAACGUGGUCAUGUGGAGAGUCGUCGCCUGUCUGAUGAAAAUUACAGCUCAUCUUUAUUCAAUCACAUCUUACAGCUUCUUUUCUAUUUGUGUACGGUAAUGCUUAACAAGGGCGUAGAAAGUUCAGUACAUGUCUUGGAUCAACUCUCGUGUUUGGAUAAAUCAUCUAAUAACAGAGAUGAGGAUUUAAACAGUAGCUUCUGCUCAGCAUGAUGAGAAAUAGUCACGGGCUAUACAUGGACAAACUGAAGGAUAGCGAGUUUUGACAUGUGAGUAUAUCAUCGUUUUAACCGCCACUAAGUUCAGCUCGUUCAAAAACAUUUACGUCUUAACUCAAUAUAUGAGGAAGUACUUGUUCUUUCUACUGCCCAUUACCCUUAAUUUGUUUACAUCCUUGUUGUGAUGUCAUUUGACUGGUUGAUCUCUCCGCUCAGGUCGAGAGGAAGUGGGGUCGCAGUGGCCGUCUUAAUAAGCUGGGACUCCCCCAGAGAAGGAGACCUGCCGGUCCACAACUACAGAGUCACCUGGAUGCCACGACACACGCAGACGACGCACAGACACACGCACAGGCUGAACGCAGACGCACAUACAGUUCACAAUAACAUGCACACGCGCCUGAUACAGUCGCACACAGCAGAGCAGGAUAAAAAGGAGAGCAACACCAGAGUCACUCAGGGGGUGAGGAGACAUUUCUUUGACUUUGUUUCACCAAAAAAGACAUUUCUGAUUAACCCCCUUUUUUUUGUUUUUUUACACAUUAUCUCCCCUCAACAUUUUUCUCUUACUGAAAGUUUUGCAGCGGAUCACGACACGACUUCAGGCUGAGAUAAGAACUGAGCAAAAAUCCUCCACUUUUAGACCCUCCUAUAGGACUGGAGCUAAAGAUUUUAUACACCACAACAGAAUCGAAUGCUGCACCUGAGAGAUUUUACUACAUCUGUAAAACCGUUCACCACUCACACGUGCUCAUUCCUUGCGGUGUCCUGGUUCGGAUUAUUUCUGUGGUUUUACAGACCGCCGCAGAGCUCAAACUGAACAGGUUCUGUAAACAGCUUCUGUUUGUGAGGAAAAACCAAAGAAACUCAUUUUAAAUGAUCGUACAAACCAAGGAAUCAAAAGUCAAUUUGGAUUUGAACUCUUUUGAACCCUUACCCAUAAGACUUAAAGGUUUUGUCACUCAUAGGAUUAGAUAAACUUCAGUAAAGAAAGAAACAGGCGCUUGCAUCUCCCAUAUUCAGACUUUCUUGCCCCUUAAAGUUUUGAAUAUAUUUCAGGAUUUCUUGAUGUGGUUUUGUAAUCUCACGCGCUGAUUUAUCUUAGCAUUUGCAAACCCUCAGAUCUGGUUUUGACGCACUCACCCUAAAAAUCACUGUACGGCACGCGCUCCCUUUACAUGUGUAUAUUCAUGCAUGUGUUCCUCAUGGAUUCCCAGACAGACAUACCAUUAUCUUCAUGGGACAUAACUUUGUUAGAGUGCUGUGACAACAUGCAGGCUUUACAGCGGUAAAAUAACAGGACAACUUAGCCGUGUAGAUUGACUGACAACAGAGAGAGAAAAGUGGUUUUCCUGCGUUUGGAUAAUGUGUUUGACUCGAGCUUAAACUGACUAGAUGUCAGUCACUACAGUAGGAAGAUAUAAGUAAAGAGCAUUCCAGUCAUAAUAGAAGUAAAGCAUAAAAAGUGUGCAAUGGCAGAGUUCAUGAGAAGUUAUUUUAUAAAGUAAUAAAGCGAAGUUUAAGAUGUAACUGUGAAGAAACACACAAAGAUCUCAUGCUUUAUUUUUGAAAUUAUAUUUAAUGCUGCAAAAACAGUUCAAGUUGAUAUUUCUAUGAUUGCAGGUUUGAUGGUGAUGUUAUUUACAAUGCAAAUAAGUCCAGUCAGCAGUGCCAAAAUACCUGUAAUCACAGCAAACAUUGCAGAUAUUACAGUUUAGACACAGCAGUCAUGAUCGCCUGUAAUUUUUUCUUCAGGUGUCUUUGAAGGGGAUCCUUCAGCUUUAGAUCCACUUAAACGUUCGUCUCUAAAGUGGGCAUUCACUUCAAAAGCAGAGACAAAGCAAUUAAAAACACGAACAUCAAGAGUUUAGAAGCUUUAAUGCCGGCACGCUCAUAUGGACUCGGCUAUCCUGAGUGAAGCAGUGAUGGCGAUCCCAGACUGAGCCUGGCGGAGCCAUUUAUCUGUAGUCUGCUCCUCUGUUCUGCUCGGUUUGGAGGCCUGGAAUUUAAAUGAGGCCCCCUAACUAGUGUUACCGACUUACAGCUGUAUCUAAACACGCUCAAAGAUGGCCGCAUCACAUCAGGUAGGCAGGGGCGACAAAAGCCUGCCUGUGCUCUGUAGAAUAGAUUUCAUAUCAUGUACAGCACUUACAUUUUAUUGCUCUUCAUUAGCACAAGAUAAUACAUUCCCUGAAUGUGUAUUAAAGUAAUAUCCUGUGUAUUAGAAAUGUAUGAAGCCUAGAGGGAUGAGGUAUAAAAUCCGGAGUGGGAAAGUGAUAUUGGAGGAAGUAUUCAAACAUGGAAAAACCUCUGCUGAAUCUGUGCUUUUAAAUUUACAUCAGCCUCUUAUAUAUAAUGUCCACUGACAUUAUGCACCAAAAUAGGAUUCCAGGCUUCCCCUGCUGUCUCUGUUUCAUAAAUACACACACUUACACACUACACACACACAUAUACAUUUAUAGCCAUACAAGCCAUAUGUUUUGUCUAUCUCGUGCAUAAUGGAAAUAUCUUAACUCCUGUUCAGGGACUUUGUCUGCGAGUCACUAAAACUGCUUUUAACCUGCAUUUGUCUCACUCUGUCUUCAAUGUACACACAAAAAGCCACACACACACACACACACAUGCGUGUAUACAGAGAGUUAUCAUCCAAGCAUCUCUUUGUUGUGACUAGCUCGAACCCGGCAGACAGACAGAGUUAAUUGACUAAGAGGAUGUUGAUGAGCUGUCAGUCAAACAGCAGGCUAAUGCAGAACAGCUCUGGCCUGUCAGUCACAGAGCAGGGCGCUCACGUCGCUGCGGUUUAUAAUGAUGAGGGGCUGCGAUGACAGUGAGGAUGAUGAAAACGGUGGCAAGGAUUUUUCUGUCUUUUGUGGUGACUUUUUUUAACAUCAUUCCUGGAGGACGUCUGUCAUAUUUCAGCUGGUUUAUGUGAAUUAAAAACGACUGAGAUGAAAUUUCUCAUGUUUCCUUUUAUUCGUGUCUUACAGGCCCAGUGUGAGAUGUGGCUGCAGGGUCUGCUGCCUUCCACUUCCUACAUCCUGUCUGUGCAGACGGUGGCCUACUGGGGUCAGAAGAGGCUGAAAAGUCCCAGAGCACAAAUUAUCUUCACCACAAUAACUCAUGCAGGUAAACAGACAAAGUAUCUUCCCGGUGGGGUUGGAUGGUUAAGACUCACCACUAACAAUUGACUGAUAUGCCGAAGUGUCAUAGGGCAAAAUACAGAAUCCCAUAAUGCUCCUGUUUGAUCAGAUUCAGAUUCAGACAACUUUAUUUAUACCCUAAGGGCAAUUCCAUUCACAGUUACCCUUCCGUUUGAUCCAUCCAAACACACAGAUCAGCAGACAAACAAACCAGACAAGUGCAAGACAUUAAUAGAUGCCAGUAGACAAACACAUUCCCUUGUCGGUACUCACAGAUCAGCAGGAUCAGCAAUAAAUAGCUAAAUAAGCACAAUAAGCAGUCAAGUUCCACAGAGCAAUGGUUAAAAUACAAUAAGAUCCACAAGUAUGAGACACAAGAUAAGAAAUAAAACACUCCUGAGGCUCCAGUUCCGCUCAGGCCACAUAUGACCAUCAGCCUACUUCCUGGCAUUUAAAAGCCUGAUGGCUGAGGGGAUGAAAGAGUUUGAGUAUCUGUUCGUUUUCCCUGGGGGUGCAUAGUAGCGCUACCCAGAAGGCAUAAGAAGAAAGCCAUCAGCCAUAGAUGUAUGUGAAUGUGAGUGUGUGAAUGUGAUGUGUAAUGUUUAAGGGUUAGGGUGACUUUACACAUGCUCCAUGAACAGAGUAUAAAGUUACUUUGGGGUAAAUAGCUUAUAGGAAGGACAUCGAACUUGGGUAGAUUUUGUUCUCUCGUUCACGGGGGAGUAAAAAGUAGAGAGUCUAAAAAUAAACAGCUCAGCAGAGAAGGGAUUCUCUGUUAAGCAGUGUAAACUAUAGCUGUAAUGUUUGUGUUGCAGUGAUUCAGCCUUAACGACACCUAAGGACUUCCCCAAGCAGCCCUUCUCCAAAUAGAGAUUCACCGAAGUUCACAUUUCUAAACAUUUCAUUACCCUGUCAGGCCAUCCAUAAAUACUCUAAAUACAGUCCACAGCACCUUCUUUUUCACAGUCAUACAAAUGGUUUUUCCUCUUUUUUUUUUAAUGCAAAGCUGUUGGAUUUGCUGACUGUCAGCAAAUUUAGUCUCCCAACAGCUGCACUGUUAAAACUCACUCAUACAGCGGAGAGUGACGAUGGUAAUGGUUGUCCAGGCAACAGAGGUAUUUAUGGGCGACCUGUUGGUCAGCCCAGCAGAGGAUUACAGCCAGCUGUGGCUCAAUUAUCACACGACAUACCAAUAGUUUUAUAUGGAACAUGUUGCCACCUGUAAUUUAGCUGUAUUAAUAUUUGAAACAGUCCAUGCAUCGGCCUGGUUUCUCUCAAAGCUUGUGAAGGUCAGCCAGGCCAGAUAAAGCCAAUUAAUUCUUCAGAGCGAAUGAAUUAAAGAGAAAGCUAGCUGACGGCUGCAACCAAGUCAGCAGUUUACAAUAUUCCUGGCACAAAAUCAUACAUGUGUUAAUAACAUCCUGCCAUUCAUACGUGUAUGCAAACUCAGGUGCUGGUUUAUUAGUUUUACCUAGAAGAAAUAAGGCACCUUUAAAAAGUGGUCCUGCAAUAAAUCCUCCCUGCAUGAGUAUAAUAAUGUCUACAUUAUUCAAAGAGCGUAAGAGAGAUGUUAAUUAGUGUAUACAAACAGAUUUGGGGGCUUCAUUUCGCUUACAGGUGUUUCUGUAGAUGGUAAAUAUGAAAUAACACCUGGCAGUACGACGCUGCAUAAUGAGAAAGCACAAGAAACCGCUGCCUCUGAAGUAAACAUAGGUUUGCUUACCUUCAUGAAAGAGGAUUCAUUAUAAUACCGUUUUAGUCAGGUGAACUGUAUUAAGUGGCUGCCAUGUAUGUGCGAUGUGCUUAACUUGUGUAAUCCUAUCAGUUUAAUGUAUUACAGUCAUUAGUUGUAUUACUGAAGCUUAAUGGAGAGCAACAAAAAACUGGAGUGGUUCAGAACCUCCUGCUUUAAAACUCAUGUAAAAACAUACCUGUUAUGACCACGUUCAUUUCUCUUAAUGCCAUAAUGAAAAUGUGCAGCAAACACAGACGUUUUUCAGACUUCUUUUCUUCUUCACCCUAGGCGAAGACUUCUCCAACGAGCUCCCUUCCUCUUCGUCCUCAUCAUCCCUCCCCUCCUCUCCUUCUCUCUCAUCCUCCUCCUCCUCCUCCUCCGCAUCCCCUUCUUCCUCUGACAUCCCUGACUCACCCUCUCUGUCUCACCCUGAUUCCCCCCUGAACCCUUCCACCUCCGGGAGUCUGCGCCUGGAGGUCGCUGCCCCUCACUACCACGAUGAUCAGCUGCAGGUGAAGGUGUUCUGGAAGUUGCCUUUUCAUGGUGAGUAAUUGAAAACACAAAACUACUCAACAGUAAGCCCCAAAAAUACAUGUGUGUGUAUGGGGUUCUAGUCCAAACUGUGGCCCCUUUUUUCAUAUGUCGCCCCCUACCCUCUGUGUUCGCCAGCUGCUCUAUCCACUGCUCCAUCCUCCCUGAACAAAAGCCUAAAAGAUCAAAAUUACAGCGUAAAAAAAGAAGCACCAGAAAACCUUUUUGGUCUGACUUGGCCACUUUUUGUUUACAUACCAAAGAAUUUCAAAAUGCAGGAAAAUGUUUUAAUCCAACCUAAUCCAGCCAAAAAAUAUCUUCCAAAGAGUCCACUGAGUUUCAAAAGAGAGAACUGGACGUUCACACUGCUCUCUCAUUUCCAUGUUUUUAGAAUUGUUUUUUCAGCAUUUUGACCAGAAAGAAAAUCUUGGUAGAGUGGUGCGUUUAUUUUUGCUUUGACUUGAGUUUGGAAGAAAGUGAGCGCAGUUUACUGUCUUUUCUAAUUAAAGAUAAUUAAAUCAUUGGUUCACCAGCUGCAGUUAUGCAAGAAAAAAAGUGACUGUACAAAACAUCCCUCUGGUCAUCAUUUUUUCUGAUAGCGUUCGUUCAGUCUUUGACUCUUCUGUUUUGUUUGUUGUUUUAUUGUACAGGCAGACAGAGACACCCCGGUCCGUACAUUUUGCAGUGGCAUCCUCAUACCUGCAGCACCAACACUACAAGCACAGAGAGAACAACAACUGUGCAGGUACAAAUACCCAGACUGGGUCCCUUUGUGUCUUUUAAAAGCGGUUUCAAUGUUUUUAUACCAGCUUUAAUGUUUUUUUUGUGUUUUAAAGAUCAGAUUCUCUGUGUUGAACUUUAUCUGACUAACAUCACUUUAUCUGUAAAGUGACCUUAAGUGCUGAGAAAACCAUAAAUAAAAAUUUAUUAUCAUUAUUAACCACAACUCUGCCAAAUCAUUUACUGAAACUUUAACAUCUCUGCACCUGUGUGUCUGUUGCGUACACAGACAUAUAAGAUAUUUUGACCGACAUGGGAAAGUGAGGUGCAGACUCAGCUAAGCGAUCGCUGCUAACCAUUAAAUGUGAGUUUAAAUAAGCAGAACUAAAUCUGCUUUAAAUACAAAAACACUAGAAAAACAAAAGAAUGGAGUGAACUGUUUCUGUGCACUUGAUAUUUUCUCAGAGCACUUUACAUAGCAGGAAUCUGACUCAUCAACAUUACAUCUUCACUCACUUUUAUCCCUGUGCUUACCUCUCAGCUGGAAUGAUCACACACUCGGCGGGUUGUUAAUGUGAAAGUUCUGGGUGUAAUUUGUGAGGUUCACAGACAUUUCUGAGUUUAGUCUCUUGUUUGCCGUUCUUCUCUGUCUAAAUCCUCAAGCUGUGCUGUUGGUUUUAAGACAGAGCUAACCACCUGCUUAAUGAGACAGGCUCUGAAACAAAAACAAAAUAGGAAUAAGCCUUUUUAACACUCCACCUCCUCUCUCUCUCACCAGGGCACCCAUCACAUCAUCACAGGCCUGCUUUUUGCCUGCAAGUACCGCAUCGCCGUAGCAAUGAAGUCAGACCCUGGGUCAGAGGCGGUUGCCUGGGUAACGACCCCUACUUGCUCCUCCAUCAGGGCCAGAGGAGGCAGAGCUUUGCCUUGCAAUUCUGACAGUAAAAGUAAGUGACACAAACUACGCCUUCAUGAUAUGGAGAAAAUGUGCAGUGUGUGAUCGCAUUGUUCAACAUGGCAACAAUUACAUAAAGAAAGAAAUCCAAAAUAAGGUUUUCUUACAUCACUAAAUUGGCACCAGACACACACACCUCCAUAAAUCCUGAAUCCCCAUGAUGUCUUCUCUUGAAAAAUGAUUUCCCUUUGUUUCCAUCUUCGUUUGGGAACAUUCAGACCCAAACACACAGGAUAAACAAUGAGUGAUCACUUGCUUGUUCAUGGAAAUGUUAUUAAUUACCACUCAGUUCCACUCAUCCUGCCAAAUGUCUUUUCCCAAAUAAUUUCCAUCAGUUAUGAAAAAGUUAAUCAUAAUAAGUUGUCAUAAAAAUCUACAGGGGGAUAACAUGAAAAAGUGUUUGGUCAGAAGUGAGUGAAAUGUUUGGCCUUCUUGGUGUCAGGGCGCCCCCCCUCAGGCAGAAAAGUGGUACUGCGUCCAGAACGACUCACUGCAGACUUCCAACAAGUCAAUGGCACCCUGCUCAUGACUCUUCGCUGGAGGAUGUCCCAGAACCCACUGGACCAGGCAGCUGUGGAGGGUUUCCAAUUUACCUGGACGUUGCAAUCAGAGGUUACCACGGCAACAGAAAAACAGGAAGACGUGCUUAUCUCCCAGACGCAGACAAUUGCACCGGUGAGAAACAAUGAGUGGUUUACAGUUACAGCACUGAACUGUUCCAGCGAAAUACUUGAGAAAUAUGAGGAGGAUAUAGAGGGUGUGUGUGUGUGUGUGUGUGUGUGUGUGUGUGUGUGUGUGUUUGCAUUUUCAAUAGGGAUGAUGAGUCAGUAAGUCUUUUUAGGACAAGUUCCCUUUUUCUUUUUUCAACUCAUACAAAACUCUUACAAACAUAUACGAAGGAUCAAGCUGAAAAAACGUUGAAAUGUUUUGCUGAGACAAUAGACCUUGUAAUAGUUUAUAUUAGUUAAGAGGAAAAUGCUGAAGUGGGAAGGAAGCGAGGUCCAGAGAUACUUUGUUUUUCAGGAAUUACAUCGAAUUACACUUGGACUGAAAGUUGCAAUAGGCCCACAGGUUACACAAGAGUUGUAUCUUCAAAUUAUGGAUGAUUGCUCUCUUCAGCUCAGCCUGUCUAAGCCUGAAGUGUUUACAAACUACAGCUCAUAGUCCACUCUAUUUAGGGGACUAUAACAUAAAAUUAUAGGUUGCUGUAUCAGCAUCUGCAUGUUACAGGGUAUAUUAAGUCUAGUAAAAAACAAAGGUAUAAAUAUAUAACCACUGAUUCGAUUUGAUUCUAGUUAUUUUGAAUUUGAAAGAGAAAGUAAUUAAAAACAAAAUAACGAAAAUAAAAAAAUAUAUAUACAGCAUAUACAUUCAAAAAGGAGUGGGAAGAAGUAAUACCUCUUCUCCUUAAAUAACUUGUAACAAUCUUUGGCCUUACUGGCCUGUCUAGACACUCAUGCUGUAGUCACCACUAGAUUAAUUAUACACUUAUGGAGACUCUCUAUCCAUACACAUAUAUACAUACAAAUACAUAAAUUUAUGCACAACACAGUAAACCCCUUAACACAAAGUGCUACCAACAACUCCCUCAUCCCUGUUGCUCUUGAAAAUAGUGUCUUUAUACUUCAUUUUAAACUGCUGCAAGUUUGGACAAUGCCUUAACUCUGUUGUGAACUUGUUCCAAAUUCUCUCCCCGCUGACUGAAACACAAAAACUUUUCCUGUUUGUACGAAAUAUUUUUAAAUUAUAGUUACUCUCUCCCCUUAAAUUGUAGAUCCCCUCAUGAAUACUGAAUAAUUCCUGGAUAUCUCUUGGUAAUAGAUUAUUUUUGGCUUUGAACAUUAUUUGAGCUGUUUGAUAGUCCACAAUGUCUGUAAAUUUUAGCAGUUUGGAUUGUAGGAGUAAUAAAUUUGUUUGUUCUUGAGAGACGGCGUUGUGAAUUUUCCGUCUUGCUCUUUUUUGGACGAUGGUUAGUGGCUGUAGUGAUGUUUUAUAAUUGUUGCCCCAAACCUCUGCACAGUAAUUAAAGUAUGGUGAGACAAGAGAACAGUACAGAGUGCACAUUGAAUUCUUUCGUUUUCAAUAAAUGGUUUGUGUUCCUCAUUCAUGCUGUCAAAAUGCGUAUCUGAUAGUGUAUCUGUGGACUCGCUCUGCUUCCCCCUCCACAGUCUCAGCGGAUGGUGACAGUUCCUGCUCUUCAGCCUGACAGUGUUUACCAGCUGCAGCUUCAGGUUUUAACUGCAGGGGGCAACAGGGGCGCUUCGGUCUCCAAGACUAUCCACACUCCAGCAAUCAAUGCUACACUUUAACAGGUAAUACUGGCGUCUUUGUGAUGCACUGCAUUUUUGUGUCGCUUAAUGAAACUAACACACAGUCUUAUAUUGCUCAUUUCUUCUAGGCCUCGUCCUCACAGUCGUCCCCAUCCACUGCACCACGUCCAUCUGAUUCAGCCACUUCUGCUCAGUGUCAUCACAGUACAAGUGCAAAAAAUAAGACUAAAUAAAGACAUUUUCUUUCACUGACUUCAGGCACUAUCUCAUAUGUAAAAUAGUUCCCACUCUAAAGUGUUCCCUGUAACUUCAUCACUUUUUAAACAAGAAGUUAUGAUCAUGCUGUAACAGGAAACAGCAGUGAUCAUUUAUAUUUUCAGUCAUUUAUCUGCCAUCUGAUCCAAAGCUAACAACAUGAGCACAACUUGUGUUUUUUCUAAGAACCUUUAAAAGGAGAGGACUGCAUUCCCACAUGGAGCCAGUUUCACAAAAUUAUCUCUGAAAGUCUUGGCAGUACAAGGAGCACCUUGGAGCUGUGUUUAUAACUAUUUUUUAAAAGUCAAUCUCCAGAAUUUUUUAAAUAACUUUUGGAUCAAGAAUUUGUGCAACAACAGAGCAUUACUGCAAAACACGCAUGUACCUCUUUGAACAGCUGUACUCUGUUCAUAUUUGGUGUAAAGAUGAGACAAAUCAGGUCCUUGUCUAAUCACUUGGAUCCUAAGAGGUAAGCAAUAAAUGUAAAGAGGCUUUAACACACCUGUUUUUGCAUUGUGGAGGUUUAGUAUACUGUAGCACUGACCUUAUAUACAAAUAGAAAUGAAAAGCUUUGUUCACUUUUGUGUUGUCCUUGAACCUGAUGGGUCUGAGUCGGUGUACUGGAGCCUUGAAGAAAGUUCUGAUGUGUUUUGACAUGUUGUUCAUAUGUGAUAAAAAAACGAAGACAAUGUUUAUAAAUUACCCUGUUUAUACAUCUUGUGUCACAUUAAUUUACAUGAGGUACUCCCACUAUACUUAAAUGUUUGUGACAUUUUUCUACAGUUUACAGAGUCUAGCUUUAGCUAUGGUAGAUGUCAUUGUAUUAUAAAAGUCACAGCAUUAGCCUGAUUUUAAAAGGUUUGAACCCCUUGUGUGAAGUGACCAGAAAUAACCAUUGUACUAUCCAAUAUGUAACUUUUUAAUAUUAUAAUGUUGAUAAUUUUGUACGUAAUUCUUUUCUCUUUUUGACUGAUAGUUUUAUUUAUUGCUUUUCUUAGUUUUUUUUGUUUGUUUGUUUUAUAAAUAAAGAUCACCAUGAUACAGUG